AUGGCGAGCUGGGUCUCUCUCCUCCUCCUCCUCUUCUGCAAGUCACUCUCACGAGCCCAGGAGGACAGCAUCAACAUUCCCAUCCAGGAGUUCACUUCAGAGACCCCCAUCAACAAUGUGGUCCAAGACCCCCAGACUGGCCGCAUCUACCUUGGGGCGGUCAACACCAUCUACCAGCUGGGGCCGACACUCCACCUACAGGCUCGUGCCGAAACAGGCCCCAAAGAGGACGCUCGGACCUGCACGCCUCCUGCCUCUGCGUGCCAGGACACAAAGCUUUUGCCAAACCUCAACAAGCUCCUGCUGGUCCAUCCAUCCAACGGCUCCCUCAUCGUGUGUGGGAGUCGCUAUAGAGGGAUCUGCUCCCUCCUGAACCUGACCAACGUAGAACAGCAGCUGUACUACAGCGACGGCAAAGGAGAGAGGACUUACGUUGCUAGCAUAGAGGAUUAUGUGAACGUGGUGGGCGUCAUGUCUACUUACACAAAAGAUGACCACACCUUCAGUGUGUUUUUGGUUGGGAAGGGCUAUGGAAGCCUAGACAGUACAAAACUCAUUAGCACAAGAAUCCUUCAGGACUACCGUGACUAUGAUCGGGACUGGGUCGUUUUCGAGAGCAUCAUCGAGGCAUCUACGGUACAGACAACCCCGUUUGUCCCAAAGUACCUGCACGACUUCCGCCUUGCCUUCAAAGAGGACGGUUUUGUUUAUUUCCUCUUUUCACGGACACUUGACGGUUCAGAUACCAAAAACCUGACCUUUAUUUCUCGUCUUUGUGAAGACGACUACCAUUACUACUCCCACACAGAGCUUCAGUUGAACUGUGGGAAAGACAACAGAUACAACAAAGUCCAAGCUGCGUACGUGGCUUCACCGGGGAAAGAGCUAGCACGGAUCAUGACUGAAGCAGGAAUCUACGGUAAGGUCGUGUCCUGGAGUAAGGUUCUGUUCAUGGUGGCCAGUCCGGAUGACGACGAGAACAACUCUGCCCUCUGCAUGUACCCGCUCAACUACAUCAACGAGCGGCUGUCAGAUAUCAUCAGCGCCUGCUACAGCGACUCAGGGAAAAUCUCUGGGUUUCCCGCUGUGGACAUCCCCUACUCAUCAAAAAACGAAGAAUUCUGCACAUCAAAAAUAGCGGCAAGUGCCUCUUUUGUGUCAGCUGGUUGAAGUUUUAAAAAGUCUGUUUGAAAUGAUAGAUGUUAGCUGGAUAUCAUUCGAAGAACUCCCUUUGCUGUCAUCAAUAAUGCAGGGAUGUGCCACUGUUGGCUUUGAUGUCUCAGUGUUUGCUUUGUUCCGCUCAUCCUUCAGCAUCGUUCCAUCUGAAGCUCUCGUUCGUUCUCGCACAAUUUCCCUCCUUCGGUGUCUCCUUUCACUAUUCCCCCAGCUCAUCCAGAAUGAUGUCGUAGAAGGCAGGAAGGUAAAUAGCAGUUCAACAGACAAAUUAGGCCAACUAAGAAAUAUGUUGACCUGCUUUCAAAGCCAAAGUUUCACUUCAUUUGUGGGCACUAAAAAUAUGGAACCAUCAUUUGGCACAGUUUUUUGGUGACAAUACAAAUUCAGAGCUCACGUUUAUUAAAUCAGUUUUCCUACAACAUCAAAGAGGUUGAGAACAGCGAUUGGUUAGUGGCCUUAAAAAUCACCCUGUACCCACCAAGAUUUUGUCCUCUUUGGUAGCCUUUGCCAACAUCAGUGUACAGUUUCGUUAACACGUUUACUCCUCAGGCUUUGCCUCUCAUUCAUGCACAAAUUGGACACUGCCUCCUCUUCUCCAUUUGAACAAAAUUUUCUCUUUUUUUUGGCUUAAGAAAGAAAAAAAAUAACCUGCAGUAGGUUUCUCUUUGCCAUUGAUUAUCGACCACCACUGUUUCAGGUACAGCUGGCCUCAACCUGACCCGCUUUGACCUGAGGUCAUGAAGGUGCGAAGUCGAAACCCCCCGUAAAUUAAUUAAAUUCAGUUCUUCCAAACAACUUUUUUUUUACUACACACUUUCUUACAGGCACCCAAUCAAAAACAAAUGUAAGGUGCUGAUUGUAGCUGUGGCUGACUCAGGGAAAAUGUUAGGAGACAGGUUGUGAGUCAGAGAGUGAGUGCAAGCAGAAUGCAUUUGAAAGAUGGACCGAACUAAAAUACUGUGACACAAUAUGAAGCGUUUAUCUGAUAUGAACACAAGAUACAACUCUGCUACUCAGAUUCCACAGAAUUUGGGGUGCUGUCAUUUAAAGUCCAUUUUAACUGAAAAAAGCGCAAGGACAAAGUAUCAAAUGUUGAAAUAUAAAAUGUUAUUUCAUGAAAAAAUAAAUAUCAGUGAAUGUUUGGGAACUGAAGAGACCAGUUUCAAGAGUUUAGGAAGUCAAGUCUUGUCUCAUACUUGCCUGAUGCUGAUUUUCAGCUGCUCGACAGUUCAGGGUCUCUGUUGUUCGAUUUUUCAGAAAGAUGGAUGGAACGUUUGCAAUAGGUGACCAGUUAGGAGUGUGAGUUGGCCAGUUUAGCACCCCAGACUUUUUUACCAUGAGCUGUGCUAUUGUAAUACAUGCAAAAUACAAUUUGGCAUGUUCUUGAUGUAUUAUGUAAGGUCUUGUCUAAAACAGGUAUUGUCUGUAUGGCAGCUUGUCAUGGGCGUCUACAUACCGUCAUACCAUCAUGGAUGCUGGCUGAUAACAAGCCGAGAAUGCAACAGUCAUAAUUUCCAAAAAGAAUAUAAAACUAUGAUUUGUCAGACCACAGGAAGGUUUUCCACUUCAGUUUAGUUCAUCUCAUUGAAUGUGGUUGGACCCAGAGAAGUUUGCAGUGACAAACUAUGUUCACAGAGAACAGAUGUAUAAUGCAGUGAUUUGCACUGCAGAGUCAUGUCUGUUUCCGACACAGAGCCACUGAGAGCCAGAAGAUGACGGCCUUAAAUUCCAGUCCAGAGAUUUCUGCAUACUAUCUGAAUCUUUUAAUGGGAAUUUGAACUGUAGCUGAUAAGAUCUGUUUAGUCGUAGUUGAAUUUAUGCUCAGUAAUGUUAGUUUGAAUUGGUGAAAAAUUUGCUUAAACGGCCUCUUACAAGAGAGUGAACUUCUUCCCAUCUUUUGCAAAUUAACCUGAGAAAAGUUUCUCCAGGUGUAUUUUUUUUUAGCAUUACAAAACUUUUCCAUUGUUUUCUUGUCACUGUGUCUGAACUGUUUUGAAACUUGUUGCUGGCGUCAAAUUUAAUGUGAGCUUAUAACUUUAAUGAAACAAUAUCUCCUUGUCAAAAAUUUUAGCAUUUUAUUUGUUUCCCUUUGCACUAUUUUCAUUUAAGUGUAAGCUUUAAAGGAUGUAGUUUUUAUCAACAUUUGACACACAGCCUCCUGACUUUAGAUUUGGAUUUUAUUUUUCAUUCUUUCAACUUUUUUUGCAUUUAUUGUUAAGGAAAGCUGUAUCCCAUUAUCCUCAACUACUCUUUUGUAUUGUUGGUAUUUAAGCCUAAAUUUGGACCACCAAAAAAGUGCUUUGGCUGCCAAAUGAAGGGUUUUCAUUACCCCUCAGGCUAAAGCUUUAAACAUAUUAGUUUUUUAUCACCGCAUCUAAUAAUGUCUCCACAUGAAGUCAGGCAUGCUUCUGGGGCUUCUUUGCCAGUCUACUUGAGCAUCACAGGAAAUAAAUGAACUUAAUGAGAUGAAUACUCUAAUAAUAGUAAUUUAACAUGCAUCAUUUGAAUAAAGCUAGUAGCCCUUGAAUUACAACAUGGCUUUAAUUUCACGGCUGUAUUCUGUUUGACCAGAACAGACUCAUGUUCAAAAACUCUAAUAGGCUCCUUCAUGAAACAGAAAUGACAACAGUGGAUAUGGUCAGCUGUUAGAAGAGCAGCUCUCUGUAAGCACGUUUGUUAUGAUUGGUUUUGGACUAAUUUGCUUAGUUGAUCUAAAUGUGACAAAUUUCUGUUUGUGUUCUUGUUUGACUGUUUUUUGAUUGUUGUGCUCGGGUUUUAUGGAAAGAUUCGUCUGAACUGUUUUCAUACAUAUAUUCCAAAGUUAAGUUUGAAGAAAUUAUCAAACAUAACAAAUUCAGAUUAUUAAAACAACAGUCCCAUGGUGGCGCCUUGAUGGCGUGUACUCGCUCAUUAAGUAGGGCACCUACAGUAUAACAUUGUGUCAGGCAUUAAUUCCUAAAAUAAUUUUGCAUGUCAUUACGCCUUUUAUUCUUUGUUUCCCCUCAACAGAAGGACACAUUGGAGAAUUUUAAGUGUGGUGCAGACUUCCUGCCUUCCCCUCUGGCUAGCAAGCCCAGAUUUGCCUUAAAGGUAGAUGAAGUGUGGACCACGCGGGGCCUUCUGACCGCUGUGGCUGUCGCUGUGGAGAACGAUCACACCAUCGCCUUCUUAGGAAAUAACCAGGGGGAAGUCCUCAAGGUGGAGUUGUCAUCUGUUCUGUUGUUUUUCUCUGUUCAGCUUUUACCUGAGGGAGGCAGAAUGCCAGGAUGUAACACCUCGUGUCUGACAGAGUUACCUUUUGUUUUUUCGUGCAGGUACACCUGGCAGAUGAGCCGUAUGAGUACAGCAAGGCUCCUGGUGACACCAUGGGAGAGAAGGUCAACAAGAACCUUUUCUUUGACCUCAGCCACAGCCACCUCUACAUCACCACAGAGAGAAAGGUGGGUGUGUUUUGAUACACUUAAGGCCAGGUGUUGAGGCGCAGUGCUGCAUGUGGAUCGCUUUUUAUCGCUGUAGGGCCUAAAACAGAAGACAGCAGCGAGAGCAGGGCUUUUGUGGACAGCUGCACUGACUGAAAUAGAAGUUGAUCUUUCCUGAAAAUGAAACAGAGUUAUAAUACAUCAAAGUUUAAAUUACUUUCCCUGCAAUUCAAAAAAUACUAAAGGUCAACUGUCACUGACUGCUGCAGAGUCAUUAUUUGGGGGGAAAAAAAGUGGUAUCUCUAGUACAGGGUACAAAAAGUUCAUUUUAAAAAGGACAUGGGUAUUGUCAGCAGGUUUACCUGUGUACCAAAGCUAAAAGUGCUCAGUCAGAAGUCUUCUUUUAGGAAUAUUGUAUCAUCUCUUUUUAAGGCAAUUCAAAACUGGUUGUUUACAAGAGUCUGUCAUCCCUCAUUUCUGAUUUGUGCACUGCUGACAUGAAUAACAGUCUUUUGAGUAGUUUCAGUAGCAGAUCAUUUUUGUAGUGAAAUAUUUAGUCAGUGAUUUUCAACAAAUUGUAGGUUGCUUAAGUAACACACUGAGAAAAGACAUGUGAGAAAGAUGUGGUCGAAACCUGCUCAUUUCUUUGAAUGUAUUAUUUAUAAAUAAGCACCAUAGAAAUAGCAACUGAUUGAUGAUAAACCCUACAAUGUACUGUAUAGAGUCACUAUUACAAAAGAACUCCCUUCAAGGUACAGCGAGACCGCCAGCCUGUCGAGGUUUAUGUGCAGACUAAUGACCCGUCUGCGGUACAUUAUCCCUAAGAUAUUUCUUUCAUGUUAUGGCCGACAAAGACCACUGAUAUGCUCAGGUUAUUGGCAGCAUAAUAAAUGGACAUCAAGCCGCUAUCUCCUCCCAUUUUGAGAUGUGAAGACCUAACAAUGCCCCAGUGGGUGCUGACUGAUUGCACUGGUGGUGGUGGUGAUGCCGAAUCAUCGCAAAAGCAAUCUGACUGUUGGAGCUGCAGAACUGCAAUACACCUUCUUUUGCCAACUAAAACACUCAUUAAACUUCUCAGAUAAAUCACACAAGUUGGAGUGAAUGCUCCUGAUUAUGGGAAGCUCAAUUACUCUUGAGUUGGUGUCUGUCCCUCCUUCACCCAUUAGGAAAAAAGACAGCGGCAAGAACCUAAUUUAACAACAUAGCUGUCAAUAAGUCAUCUAUUAAACAUCAAAUUACCAAUACAAAAUGCAAUUCUUUGAAAAAUAAGUACUUCAGCAUGAAUCUGCAUGAAUCAACAAGAUGAGAACAAUGUGUUUUGAAAGAAAAAAUAUUUGAGGAAAAGUUAUUUCACAUAUAUUUUUAUUUUUAUAGUUAAUCUGUUAUUCAGGAGUGCGUGCGUGCUACAUGCUCACUCAUGCUUCCUACCUGCUCAGCUACUGUAAUGACCACUGUUCAAGUCUACACACAACAUUUUUGUUUUCACAUUCAUGAAACGCUAAAAUCAGGGACAUUUCCUGUAGGGGUGGGAGAAAAAAAUCGAUACAGCAUAGUGUCACAAUAUUUUGUCUGGUGAUUCAUCGUCUCAUUUACCAAGUAUUGAUUUUUCACAUUAAUUGCUAACAGAAGUCAAAUCUAUCAUAAUGGAAAAAUAAAACCAAAUGUUUGACAAGUGAGGUUGGCAGAGGUGAUAUCAUAGAGCAGGAGACAGUUGGUACGACAAAUAUAUAUGUAAGAUUUGCGAGAUGUGCUGCAUGAAAAUAAAAUACAGCAUAAAUAAGACAAACAUAAAGGAAAGACAAAUGCUAAACUAGCUAAACAGUUUAAAAUUUUUUAUAAAUUGCAAUAUAUUGUAUCGAAUACUCACUGUAUUGCAAAAUGUUUAAAAUCGCAAUAAUAUCAUAUCGUGACCCAAGUAUCAUGAUAAUAUCGUAUCCUGGGGCCACAAGUGAUUCCCACCCCUAAUUUCCGGGGACAGCUUUAGCCGGGGAAAAGUCAUCCUAAACAGGGACUGUCCCCGCAAAUCUUGGACUAAUCCACCCUACAUAAGAGGAACUCUAAAAAGUUCCGGCUGCACUUGAAACAAUGGUUUAUGUUUUUAGCCUUUUUACAUAAUUGAAAAUCAACAUAAAGCGCAGUUAACACUGUAGACAGAGGAAACUGUUCCAGUCAUUCACAUGGGUAGCAGUUAUAGGAGACCAGGUACUGUGACAGAACCUGUUUUACUCCUGCUCUGCGCACCUGCUGCAAACCUGGGAGCAUUUGUUGGGAUACAUUAAAUGCUCAGUAUUUUGUGCAGUGUCUCCCCUCAGGUGCCCUGUUUGAUCAUACUUCAUGUUUUAAUGCUCCAGAUCACCAAGGUGCCGGUGCAGACGUGCCUCCAAAAGAAGGACUGCCAAUCAUGUGUGGAACUAAGGGACCCUUACUGUGGCUGGUGUGUCCUGGAGGGCAGGUAAAGAUCACACUCAGACAAACACACUCAUGUGCGCACUUACAAAAUGCAUGCACACAACACCAGACCAACACAAACACCCACACAUGCAAUUCCAUCUGUAAACCACAGCGGGGUAUUUGUUCAGUGUUUUAUUGCAGACACUUUUAGUACCCCCCUGUGUUUAUAUUCCAUCUCCUGUUGUCCGAGCAGCCGUAAGGAAUUAAAGCUGUUUGUCAGCCUCAUGCGGCGAAGGCAGUCUGUGCAAUUUACUCUCAUCAGCCUAUUUAUCAGGGUUUGGAGGGUUUAAGGGGCAGUUUGUAUCAUGUAUUUUACAGCAGAGUGAUAAAGAACAAGAAAAAAGAAAGAAAAACAGUUUCUCCCCUCUGGAAGUUUUCAUUCAUCAUAUUUUGAAACACUGCUCUCGUUUUAUUUUGAUUCCAAAUUUUGAUGAUUUCACACGACAUCAAUCAAAAAAAACCCCACACUGAUCAUAAAUUAUUUUCUUGGACAUGAACAAAUAAACAUUUUAUGGAAGCAGUUUUCAAGAUGUGAUAUUUUUGUUUUUCAUUUCCCAGAUCUACAGUAACAUGAAUCUCUGAGCUGGUUUCGACCCGCCCAGGAAAUAGAUAUGAAACUUUGCCUUAAGCUCACAGGAAUAGCAACAUUUAUGUUUAAUAUUGUGCAUGAUCCCCUUACAAAUUAAACAAAUGAAUAAAAUGGAGCAGCCGUUAUAGCAGUGGUGUCUGAGAGCUAAGCAGUUCCUUGUUUAGAUCUCUGGAUAGGGUGAGCAGUAAAGAUCACAGGAGGAUCGAAUUAGUUUCAGCCUGUUUGUGUAGACCUACUGAUAUGUGUCCAAAUCACCUACAGAUGUACCGUCCUCUUUUACUGCUUCACUUGCUGUCUUGGAUUAAGAAGUCUUUGCAAUAAAGCAGACGGCCCUCAAUUUUUUUAUUAAAUUAAUGGUAUAACAAUGAUUUAAAUUGGAGCUGUCACAAUAUCAGAUUAUUAUCUUGUGACCAUUAAAUAUCACCGUAAUGAUAUUAUCCUGAGACUUAUGGAAAACUUUAAAUCUAAAACCACACAGUAAGUAAGAAAAGACAAGAAAAGGCUAAAGCAACAGAAUAUAUGUACAGUACAUGUUCAUAAUAUUAUUUUCAUUAAUAGACAUAAUUAACUUACAUAUCAUCAUUUAAUUCUGACUAUGUUCAGAUUUAUGAUACUUCCACAUGACUGGCAGUGUAACAAACUUUUGUCAAAGAUGACAUUGCCUUUUAAAAUGAUCUUUUUACAUGCUUUUAUUUUGAAAUUUUUUCCUUAAUUUUAAAGUUUUGCUGUUAUUUUAAAGUGUAAGCCAUUUCCAAUAGAUCCCAAUGUAAGGAACUGAAUCAAAACAAGUAUAAAAAUAGUCAGAAAGUAUAAACAUUCAAUUAAUCAAUCACUCCAAGAAACACAAGCUCUCAACUUUGCAUUGAGGUUUACGAAAAGAUUUCAAGACUUUUGUUUUUGAAUGGAUCUUUAAGUGUUAGUGAUGUGUAAUUAGCACUGUUGCCUCUUAACAAGAAAGUUCCUAGUUCAAUCCCCAGCCAGACAGAAGUCUUUCUGUGUCUCCUGUGGGUUCUUUUCACCUUUAGUCCAAAGACGAGCUCAUUUGCAUUCGGCUAAUUGGCGACACCAGUUUGCCCGUCGGUGUGUGAGUUCUUGUUUUCUCUAUAUGUGAUUGACAGUCGGCCUGUCUUGGGUGUACUCUGACUCUCACCUAGUGAAAUCUGGGAUGUGCUUAAGCCCCCACAACCCCUAGACAGUAUAAGUAGUACAGAUAAUGGAUGGAUGGAAGGCAAAUUUACCAUACUUUGUAUUUCAUAGUUUUAGCAUUGAUUUUUACUAUUUAAGGGUGUUGAAAAAAAGUUCAAAAUCUGAAUUAGGGCAUCACUAUCCUUAACAGUCCAAAUGACAAACACAGAGUAUAUUAAGCUUGUAUCUCACUCAUAUGUCAUGUAACCCUUGAAAUGUCACAAGAUAAUGAAAAAUGUCAUAUUUCCUAAAGCCUUGGACUCCUUUUCAAAUGUCCUGAUUCCCCCUGACUAACUAUCCACAGAAGAAGAAAAAGAAACCGUUUUUAAAGAAAGCAAUAUUACAUUUUUACUUGCUGCUUUAGAUAUUGCAUUUUAGGUGUAAAUAUUGUCGCUCUAAUGCUGCAAAGAAUGAUAAGAAUGAGGGUUUUUCAUGGUUUUCGUAUCUAUUUAAAGCCUAAUCUUGAAAAUCUGCACAGACGCUGCUGAAGUCACUUGGGUGUGGAGUUGUUUUGAGCACAAGCUGUUAAAUAUAUGUUAUAGUCCACAGAUGUUGUUUAUUUGCGGCAUUGUGAAAACGUUUAGGGUCUGUGGAGCAGGGGCUGAUGGGAGUUGUUCAUCCCUCUUCUAUAGGUGUACCAGGAGGUCUGAGUGCCGGAGGGCAGAGGAGAAGAAUGGCUGGCUGUGGAGCCCGAAGCAGCAGUGUGUCAAGAUCGUCUCCUUCUACCCUCCAAACCUUUCCUGUAGAAAGACUCAGAAGGUACAGCUCUUCUCAUUCUUUUCUGUGUCACUUUUGUUCUCUGCUCCUCUUUCCUUCACCGCAGAAUGCACACAAACAUACAGAGCCUGAGUAAUAAACUGUUUCCAUUGUGAAUCAAAGACCCUGGGCUCUAGGUCUUCCUGCUUUGUAUCGAUCCAUCGAGAAAACUCCAAGCUUGCUUAUUAUAACCGACCUGGUUGAUUGUGCUCAAAGCUUGAAGAUGGAGAGCCUCUCUUAUUCGCUCUCUCUAUCAAGUCGUUUUUUUUUUAUUCCUCUGCUCCCUGACUGUUUCUCUUUCCUGUCCUCUCUGACUCACUCUUGUAUUUCCAUCAACAACACCUGUCCUUCUUUCUCAUCCGCAAUCAGCGCUCAGCCUCUUAAUAGAAACUGUCUCUGUAUUUCAGCUAUUCAGUUACACAACUUGCUUGCUUCUCAUUGUAUUCGCUUCAGUGUAAACUGUUAUCACACAGUCCAACGGGUCAUGGUCAAUAACCUUUCCAAUAGCAAAACUCAUCUCCAGCUGCAUCCAAUUCUGUAACAUAUGUGUUUCAGGUUAAGAUCAACAUCCCGUCCCUUCCUGCCAUCGGGUUGUCUGACCAUCUGCACUGCACCAUCGAGAAAUUUAGGAGUGAGGGCAUGAUGUCUGAUUCUGGCCAGGUCUCCUGUGAGCUGCCCAGCCCUUCGCUUAUACCUCAAACACCUGAGGGCCAAGGUACAGCCUUCAUACUUAACCUCCUCUCUUUUUUUAGCGCCCUCCCUCAAGGCAGGUGUCUUUUGUUCCCGUUUAAACCGAGGCUGUCUGACCUGUUGUCAAAACAGGCACACACGAGCACUUCAUGAUUGAUCGAAGUUUGUUCAUUGAUAUUUUAUAAGAGAGAUGAGCCAUCUCGCCUGAAAGAAACAAAGACCCCUUCCUUUAAUAUCAUAAAUAAUUUAAUUGAUCAAAUCUAGUUAACCUUGCCAGAGUAAAGCUAUUAUUUUUUGGGGUAACCAGGUAAUUACCAGAUUGAUCACUGAAAAAAGGUGUAGCAGCAUUAAUGCUCUCAGCCUGUGGUGAAACAAUCUCCUGUGAGAAAGAGAAUUGGUUGCUCAGGACUUAAUGGGAACUUGGAACCACUGGAGUACACACAGAGGGCAGUGAUUUGGAGGGGAGAGUAGUGUCUGAACAACGAUAACAACAACAACGACAACAACAAUAUUCAGCCCCUGGGCUCUCAACAGGUUUAUCUCAAUCUUUUAGUGGGUCUGUCUUGGGUCUUUACUAAAAUAUCUCAGGAAGUGCUGGAGAGACUGCAUUUGUAUUUCAUAAUACAAUGUUCCCUUCAGGAUACGAAGUAAUAGCUCUCUCCUAUUUGAGGUGUUUUUCCACCAAGUGCACCCGGUACAUUUAGUUUCAGGGACUUCUCUUUCAGGAACUAAAUAGUUCCUGUGACCUGCUGUUGUCUGCGUUUCCAACAGGGCCUGAAAUCCAGGGUAAAUAACGUAAAUCAGCUCUAUGACAUCCAGGGAGGGCAAUUUUAAAUAAAGUUUCUCACAUAGGUCUUUAUUUAAGUAUCUACCGAUUUUUUUAAUCCCCCAAAAAGUCACAUGAAAUCACAUGAAAUAGUGUCUCUUGCACGAUUGCCCUUUGAUGCCUCUACCUGUUUAUCCUCCUCCCUGCUCAGCUGGUGUGUAAAACUGUUAUGCUUGAAGUCCCUCUCCAAUAUUUCUUUAAUACCUAAAGUGUUCUCAGUGGUCUUUAAAUUGUGAUUAUGAAGUUUUUAGCCAACGUCCCGUUACCUCUGUCAUUUUCAAGGGCUUUUCUUCUGCAGAGCUCCAGUAGAUCAUUAGCAAUUUGCCUCUGAGUCGUGGGCAGAGACAGCGCUGCUCUGCACACUCCUCUUCAUGCUAGCUUGUAGCCUUGUGCAGCAGAAGUAGCAGGUAACAUAGGAGGUAUUCAGCUCUCAGACACUAAUGUCUUUGGGGACAUGAUAAAAGCUAAUAUCAUAAUUAGCUUUUUUACGUGCAUUUCAAUCCGCUAACGCACACGCUUUUUCCAAGAUCGUCCUCUCUACUUCUCUGAGUCUGGCUUGCAGAGCAGGGUUCCAGAGGCGGAGCUUGCAGUUGUGACAUAGGAAAUCCCACUGAAUCUGAACCUGCCGUUUGGGUCUGCCAGAGGUUCACGCAGAUUUGAAUGCAGAAAUACUCAGAAAUGCAAUUUUGCACUUGGUUUUCUCAUGUCCUCCAGCAUCAGAAAAAUGUGAACAUGUAGACAACAAGAUAAACAUGAUUUUCAUCAGAGUGGGUCUUUACAGCUUAAAAACAAGCACCUUAAUGACAUUUUGAUUGAUGUUCUUUCAGAAAAUAUUAGCAUGCUAUCAUGCUAAACAUAGAUCCCAAAUGUAGCAUAGGUUAAGUCUCUCACAUAAGUUUGUAGCUGGUUAUGAAAUAGACUGAAAUUAAUACAGAUUGUGUAGACUAGACCACCAGAUAGAAUCAGUUAUUUCUAUAAUGUUGUUUUGAGUCUCUGUCACCCCUGCUGUGGGGACGGUAAAUGACUGACAGCAUGCUGCCAGAAACAGCCUCUGAUAUAAUUUGCUCACUCCAGAGAGUCAUUAUGAGUUGCAAGUAUGGUAUUUAAAAUGAAUAGGGAAAGAGAGGAAAGACGUCCCACUGUGUCCACAGAGGUUGGAAAAAUCAACACAGUCCUUAUAGUACCUCAGUAGGGCCUGAAGUUUUACAUGUUAUUAUUGUUAGUUUGACAAUGGGAAUACUGUUUGCAUUCAUUUCUUAAAGAGCAAUUACAUGGGUGCUGUCUAAAAUUAUUUUUAUUAAAGAAACAUAAUCAGAAGUGAAGUUUAGGGCUUUGUCACAGUUUUUUUAAGAGAUCAUCUUUCUUUCCUUCAGAAGGAGGUGCAGCAGCCCUCUUUAACCCUUGUUUCUCUGUGUCCUCAGACUUUGUGGCCGUGGCGGUCAGGAUUUACGUCAACGAAACGGUGGAGCUGGCAACGCGGGAGUUCAAGUUCUAUAACUGCGCCGCCACAGUGAGGAAAUCUGAAAACACACCGUGAGUCAGACUCUUAAUCUAUCAGUUCUGCUCUGUCACUCACCGAAAAUACACAGUGACACUGAACACAGCAUCAGCUGACAACCUUGAUGUAAAUGUAUCACCCUGCAUGAACAGAUGAGAGAUCAAGGCUGUGUUUGUAAAUUGUGAUGCAUGGUGGUUUUGAAUGCACCUCUUGCAUUUUCUCGCCCCCCGUUUAUUACCGAGCCGAGGAAAUUGCCUCAGUUUCCUAUUCAUUAAUCAAAAAAUGAAAGUCAAUCUCGCCAUUUUUUUCCUCUCCUUAUUUUUUCCUUCAUUUCUUUUCAUGCCGAGGAGUGUAUGAUGAACGAGCUUUGCUUAUGUGAAGUUGCAGAGAUCCAUUUCGCUGUCAACGGCAUGGAUUUUGGCGCUGGACGCUCUUUGAUGAGUUUGCACGUUUUAAGAUUUUGUUUGUGUCGCGUGUGAGUGUGUGUCGCCACCUAAUUAUGUGUGUUAAAGCGUUACUCUCAUCUUUGGUGUUUACGUGUCUGCGUUUCCGUUACGUUUCUCCAGGUGCAUGUCAUGUGUAGCCAGCUCGUGGGGCUGCCAGUGGAAUACGCUGGACCACACCUGCAGCGACAUGGAUGAGAGUGUGCUCGGCCCCAACAUCAUCAAUCACCGCCAGGUCAGCACCCUCAAGGGUUUUAACAUAUCAGAAACAUGUCAGGGUGUUUAUUUGUUGCACUAUGUGCAUGAUAGAUACCCAGAGAAGUAAAGCUGAAGUUUCAAAGGACACAUUUAAUUACCAGAUGAGAUAAAGCGCCCUGAAGACACAAAUUUCUCCUGAAAAUUAAUAAAGAAUUUAAAUCCGGAUAUCAGCUGGCACCAUCUUGCGUGACAAAUAUUGCAGGAUUGAGGAUAUCAAUUUACAAGUCAGCAGAUGUUUCAGAGAUACACUUAUCUGUCUCUGCAGAUCAGGGUGUCCGUUAAGUGGUUGGCGUAGUAUUUAAAAUGUAAAUGAUUGGAAGUUGGUGUAUCUGAUUUGUUUUGAUUGCCUUCACAGGGAGCGAAGUGUCCCCAGUUUGAGAAUCCAGAUCCUGUGCUGAUCCCCGUGGGCUACAAGACUCAUAUCAGCUUCGAGGGGAUCAAUUUGGACCUCUACCAGGUAAGAGUGGUACACACACAGAAUUUAAAGCAUCGCCGGAAAAGUAGCCUGCUUCUUAAAAAAUCUCAUGGGUGAGUAUUAGGACCCAGAGUUUUUUAACAAGAGCAUAAAUUAGUGUGCCCGCAUGAAAAACUCACUCUCUUACAAAACGUACUGGUGCAGAAAUGAUCUUUUACAUGUGCAAGAUGUGACAAAAAGGUCUCCAGAUCAUCAUUAGCGCAAAUUAGAGACUAUAUUAUUAAAGAUACGUGAGUGUACAGUUUAAAGACGUAUGCUAGGAAGCACAAGUAACUGUGUGUGAGAGGAAAACCUCUGGUGCAAAUAGUGACAGUUUGAGAAAAGGUUAAAAUAGCUCUUGUGACAUGCACGAGACCAUUAAGCAGAAGAAGUUCACACCACUUUGAGUGCCAUCGCAGAGUCCCCACCUCUUUCACGAGCCAUUUGAUCGCACUGAAUAAACGUGUUUGAACUAUAAGAAAUCCAAGAGAUAAUCUCACACCCCCUCUUUUGUGUUUUAUAACAUGUUUUUGCAGGUUCACUUGUUUUCCUGGUAUAUUGAAGCCCUUAUGGGCAACAGAGGAGGUAAAUUAUGCCAGCAGAUGUGCAGCUGAGCCUCCGCCUGUGUGUUGUUGGAGGACUUAUGAAUGCACUUGUUGUCUGCUUACAUGCCACACAGUUACAACAAACAAGUAAAAAAGAAACCAGUCAUCCGGUCCAAACUUCUCUGGUUGAGAACAGAGGGGCUGAAAGAGUCUGCUGAACAAGAUAGUCUUUUACAUUUCUUGCUCUGUGGAGAAGGGAAAAAAGGGGGGGAUCAGAGGAAAGCAGUUUGCAAACAGGAUCUACAUAAAUUAACACACAAUGUUUCUUGUUUUUAUUCGUCCCAUUCUUCAGGGUCGUCUUUUCACCAUCGGCACCGAGCUAAUGAAAAAUGUAGAAGAGGAGGUUAUAUUUGAAGACGGGCCGUUCUACACCUUCAGAGGCUUCAACGUGAGUUCAGCAGCUCUCGAGUUGCUCUCCGCUCGUCUUGACUUGUUUUUUUUGUUUGUAUGUCGGUUAGCCCCUGAUUGUCCCUUUCGCACAGCAUGUGGCCAAUUUUCUCUCCACUCAACUGGGAUGCUUGAACUAUGGAUGAUUUGUGGAUUAGGGGGGAGAAAAAAAAACUGUUACAGAAUGAAAAAUAUUGAGUGCUACUUGAUGGCAGAUUCUUCAGCCCUGGGAGAGAAAAAAAAACUAAAUGCAAACUUGUCAUCUACUCUCAGCUGAUUUCAUCUUAAACUCACCCUUUAGCUGCUUCCUACAGCCCCUUUGAUAUUCUCUAGCUCCCUCUAAUGGACAGACUCCCAUCACUUAUUUCAGCUGAUCCCCACAUUGUGGAUUCUGUGAUUGGGAAAGCUCAAGCAGUGCAUAGCCUCCAGCUAUGUUCUUUUCCAUUGCUGAUUUCUUCAGCUGAAAAUCUGCUUGGCUGGAUAUGUUUUUUUUCCCUCGCUUUUUUUUUUCUCCCUUGGCAUCGGGGAGCAGCAGCCCACACUGCUCGCAGAGAAUAGCUUAACUGUCAUUAAUCACCGGGCUCUGAAUUAAUAAUUCAUUCUCUCUUAUUUCCUUAGUUUUCCUUCGAUAAGUCACCAGAGACCAAUGUCCUUUUCUACGUGAAGGACAAGGAGUCAGGCAAGAAGAUGGACAGCACACUGAAUGGUACGCUCCCUUACAUUUUAAUGUGGAGUUCUUAUUUAUAAUGCCCAGUGUGUACACCUCCUGUCCCAGUGUGGGGCCUUCAGUAGACACGAGGAGGCUGCAUUUUUUUAUUAUCUUCAAUAGAAAAUUAAUCAGAAAAUUAACUGGAAAUGACUGCAUAAUCAUACAUAUUUUGACAGUAACUGUAAGAUUCAGGGUCAUUCAUUACAGGUGGUGGUGAAUCCUGUUUUGCAUUUGUGUUGUCAUGCAAAUUAGAACAGCUUUAUCAAAUACAAACAAAGACAUCUCCAAGUUGAGUCAGAAUAUGAUUUUACGUCCAGUGUAUGAUCGACAGACCACACCGAGUAUGCAUACAGAUUUUCCCAACAAUCAACUCAUUAUGUAAACAUUUAUUUCAUGUUUCAGGAGUGAAGCUGCACCUCAAAGCGCAGCAGAAAACAUAUUUUAUGACUAAUCAUACUUUUCAUUUAAAAAAGAGCCGUUUUCACCCCUGGGCAGUCAGAAUUUUGAACAGUAAUUAAUUUUCAGUGAUUUAUUUUUUGUUGUUUAUGAGCUGUUAAUAUUGCUUUCUGUUGCUGUUUAGGUUGAUAUAUCAUUAUACAUUCAUUGAUUGUUUUAAUAUUGAGGUAUAUGCACUUUGUUGCAUCUAGAGUACUUAACGUUUGUAUGAUGAUAAACCUUAAACUUUCUAGAUGGCAUUGUAAAAUCUGUUUUAGAUUCAGAGAGAAUCAAUAUGAUUAAAAAAAGCUCCAGAAAACGGACUUUAACGAAGCAGAAAAAGACAGUAGCACAACCGUUAAAUCAUCAAACACAUGAGUUUAAACUAGUGUUGUGUAAUAAUUGAAAUCCCUGCUGCACUCACCAAGAAGAGUUCACAAUAAGUUUCCAAGACCUGAUGCUCUACAGAUAAAAAAUGGAUAAAGUUAUAUUUGUAUUGUUUCGGACAGAGAGCACUGUGCCUCAUGGCCAUGUUUUUAUUGAUUCCAGUCUGUUCUUGGUACACAAAAAAAUCACCCCAGAUACAUAGGGGCGCACAGAUUGAAUCAUAACAUGCAGAGAAAAUGAAGGGUUUCUUUCUCAGCCCUGAGGGUAGGCUGUAUGUUGCCCGUAAGGCGAUCCCAGGGCAAAGAGGUCCACACAUCACUUGCAGCUGCCCAUUAUAAGACAGCUCUAGCAAUUUAGCAUUCACUUCCAUGACAUUUUGGUACUCACAAUGGAAAAUAAGAAAUACGAAUCAAUACAGCAGAGCCAGAGAUAUCAUCUUUUUUUUUGACUCUACAUUUUUCCCUCUUGUCAAAACCUGUCUUCUUCAUAACCCACAGCACCUGCUUGAAAACUGACAGAGAAAAAGGUACUAGCAGCUACUAUUUCCUGAAAAUACUAGCCUUAAAACGGUUUACAGAACAACUCUUUUUGCUCUAAUCUCUUACUAGCAGGGAUUCAAGAGAUAUUUUUCAUUUUGAGUUUUCAUUUUUAAACUUGAAGUGGUGUAAACAGCUAGCCUUAAAAUAAGUCUGAAAGAUGGUCAACACGUGCCAUGGUAUCCUGCGUGUUUCUUACUUUGCAUCCCAAGAUUUUUCCCAAGAUGUAUAGACUCGUCGUCUUCUGCCCAAACCAACAUUGAGUCAAAUUUGGGACAUCACUUUAAAGCAGAGCUAGUUUAGUCUGAACCAGCUAACUCUACACAGGGAGUGGACCGCACAUUUCUAGUUUUCUCAUUGGUUUCUUACUUCACACCCUCUUACGUUUUUGAUGCUGGGAUGAAAAUCCAGCCACUUGCUUCUUAAAGACCUUAAGAUGUGUAGUUUCAGGUUCAUAAUGUGUCCUCUUAAAGGGAUAUUCCGACGUAAAAUUACUUUAGGGUCAAACACACCAUAACACCGAGUUGGACAUCCCCUAGAGAGAUGAAUGUUGCCGACCGCUUGCUUCUCUAGUUAUACCAACUUUAGUAAUGACCACAUGAUAGCGAUAAACAGAGGUCUGAGGAGCCAUACGCAAACCUCAACCAAAAAGCCACUCUAGAGUCACAAAUUAUGCUCAGAGCAGCACCUGAGUGGGUGAGUUGUGUUUAGUCUCUUUGCUAAAAAAAUUAGGCAAAGUUUAAAAGAUGUUUGAUACUGGUACUAUGGCUGUGACCCUUUAUGUACUGUUGAUGAAGUUAGGUGCUGUUCUGAGCAUUAUUUGUGGCUAUAGAGUGGCGUUUUGGCUGAGGUUUGUUUAUGGCUCCUCAGACCGCUGUGUAUUGCUAUCCUGCGGUCGUUACUAAAGUUGGUAUAACUAGAAAAGCAAGCGGUCGGCAACAUUCAUCUCUUGAGGGGGCGCCCAACUUGGUGUUACGGUGGGUUUGACCCUAAAGUAAUUUUACGCCAGAAUAUCCCUUUAAGUCAUAAUUCAGCUUAUGAUGCCGAUCCAUAGAGACCCACAAACAGACUUGGAUUUCUACAGUUCCUCUUUAAGUGUACUGCAGUAAGUGCAAGGCAAACAGAUACAUUAAUGAUAAUUGAGGUUUUUUCCAACUUGUGCCCCUAUAGUUACCCUGUACAACUGCUCUGUGGGGAGGGAAGACUGCAGUCUCUGCAAGAACGCCGACCCAAAGUACCGAUGUGUGUGGUGUGCAAAGCAGAAGGCGUGCGUGUACGAGAAAUUGUGCCAGCAGGCGUCCGAAGACCCUUACAACGUCGAGUGUCCUGACCCCCAAAUCACUGAUGUGAGUAAUGUCAUCAUUUCUUUACACUGACCUCUGAGCUUAAAACAUGCAGUCAAUGCUUUUGAUCAGCAGCAGUAGAGUAUUGACUUCUCUGAUUGGAUUAUUGAUUAAAAGCGAGUUACUGCUUGUGUAUAUGAAGUUGAAAGUGUGCCUCUCCUUGAGGGUGUAUUGAGGUGAUCUGCAGCGCAUUUAGUUUGGAUCAAUUCCUUCAUUGCUCACUUAAUUGUUGGUGACUCAUUGUCAUUGACAGAAAUCAAUCAGUAAUUGUGAUUGAGGUUAUGACUACACAAACUACAGCCAGGCUGAUACAAUAGCUGACAGAGAUCUCACUGAAGAAUGACUAUUUGUGUGCUUUUUCAGCAGGGACAUGGUUUCCGAGCAUAUUCUUUGUAUUAUCUGUUAUAUUAGCCGGUCAUUUUCUGAACAGCUGACCAAUGGUUUCCUUUUUUUUCUUUGCACCGGCUUAUAAGGUUUAAUUUAAUAAGAAGACUUAAUAGAAUAAACUCAUUUAUCCUCUGACUUUUUCUCUUCAUGCACUUUGUGGUUGACAUUUCCACACAACUACUUAAUGUCCCUGUACAACAUUUUCAUCAACUUCCAUUUCCUUUAUAUAAUGAAUUGUAUUAUCUUCAACCUUUCCCCUGAUCUUCUAAUCUAAUCAUGUUCAAUAUUUUGGUUUGUGGCUCAGUAGUUGGAAAAAUUAGCCAUGCACCACCGUGGCGAACAUCUAAACAUAAAGUGCUCAGCAUUAAUGAGUACACCCCUUCAGAGUUGUCAGAAAACCUUUAGUUUCCUUUCAAAAUCAACAUUUUCUAUGUCAGACUAUACAACAAAAUAAACCCCAAAUGUAGGCCAUUGUUUGCAAACAAGAUUAUUUUAAGUUGCUUACAAAAAAGUAUUUUUUUCUAUUUAAAAUCAGGAAGCAAAAAUGAGUACACCCCAAUCAAAGUUCUGGGAGCAAAGCUACAUUUUAGUGACCAUAUCACCCUUAUUUUCAUCUUACGGUAAAUAAAAUGUUGUGUUAAACUCAGCUUUGUCAAAACUUUGGAAAUAUUGAGUAAUACAUUACUUCUAAUGGGGGGUAUAUGAGCUUAUGCUGGGCACCGUAGGUAUAGGAAUGUCUGCUCAAUCUCUUCAAUCAUACCAUUACUCUCAGUCGCAUCUUUGAUAAGAGAAUAAUGUUGGGCUGUGGUGUAUAUUCUCACGCAAACGUUACUUUAUUUCAUCAGCCCUGAAUUAUUUUAUUAUCCUCAAGUAUCUGUACCAUGAAUAUAAAUAAUCCAGAGUUGGUCUGGCUCUAAUACACUCACACACAUUCAUGCAAACAUGACUCAUACAGUACCAGGGCUUUGAAUAUUAAACACUUAAACUCCCAACUAUUCAGCCGACUUAAACAGACUGUGUAAAUCUUUUGUAUGUUCGUAUUGCACAACUAAUCUGUCCAAAUCCAUUUCAAAUCCUUUCUUCCUAUAAACACCCAUCCCAUCCCCCCUCCACUCCACUGUAUUCCCCACUAUCCAGAUCAUCCCUCGUUACGGCCCCCUGAGGGGAGGAAUCUCGAUCACCAUCCGGGGCUCCAACCUUGGCAUCCACAAAUCAGACAUUAAAAGCAUCACUGUGGUUGGGGAGCCUUGCAUCCAUCAGGAGGAGAAGUACUCCGUUUCCACGAGGUAGUACUUACACACAUUGAUUUAUUUUAUAAUGCAACUUUAUGAGAAGCAGCUGCUACACACACACACACACACACACACACACACACACACACAGACACAGACACAGACACGCACACUCUCGUUCUGUUAUUUACUGUCACUUGAACUGUGUUUUAGCAAAAAAAAAAAGGCUUCUCUUAUAAACUUUCGGGUACCUUAUCAGCGUUGUAGAGCUUUGCCUUUCCUCGGGGUGACCUGGGUGUAUAUUUUAAUUAGCUCAUUAUGCCAGCGUAUCGAUCUGAGAGUCUCCAGACACAAAACAAAAAUCACUCUUUUAAAAGGCAAAUGCCAAGGGUGGAAGAAGUAUUCAGAUUCUUUUUUUGAGUCGUAGCACCAUAAAAUAAUCAAUUAUGAAUAACCAUGCUGCAUUCAAAUCCUACUUAAGUCACCGUACUGAUGUACUGUCAGCAUAUAUACUCCGAAAAGAUGCCUGCGGAAAACAUGCAGGAUCUGUAUUGAGUGCGUUCCGUAUUUGCUCCAUAGAGCAGCGUUGGGUAUCGCGUACAGGAUGCGUAUUUAGAGCGUAAGAGCAGCGUAGUGCAACCCUGGUCAGCUGGGCUCAGUAUAGAGGAAACAACAUGCUCACAACAGGUUGUUUUGCCUUUCUGUGGUCUAUUUCCUGCUACUUUGGAUAUAAUUCACUGACCGUUGAGUCUACUUUAUGUGAAAAAGCAAUGUGGUUUUACAGUUUCGAUUUUUGCAAGUUUACUCAUGUUUAAUUAGUUAAGUAAGUAAGUAAAUUAUAUUUAAGUAAAUUAUUAUUCCCUUAUGCUGUGUUUUUACCUUCAGACAGAGUUAGCAGUUUUAAGUUCUGUUGGGGUCCACAUGGAUCAGGGAUUGACCAUCAGAUUGUUCUGUGUUACUGAUAAAUCCCCAACCAGGAAGUAUUUCUCAUUUACACAAACUGAUACACAGUCUGGAAUUCGCAUAUGGUGUUUUAUUUUGAAAUACCGGAUGACAUGCACGGUUUUCGAGCUUGACUUCCUGUCUGGAAUGACCUUCUCUGUGUGGCUUGACCAUAGACUGUAUAUACUAUAGACAACUUGGUUCCACCUUCCGCUAGUAUAUGGAUUUGAAGCCAAAAAGCUCUUGGUAAUUCUGCGUUUUCUCUCCAUUUCCUGAAACCAACAUUUCGCAGUAGCGUUGUACGCACUCCACCACUUGCACAGUAGCAUUGUAUGCAUUUGGCGGGAGAGUCGCCGAGAGUCGCUGCGAUGACGCUCCGCUCAAACAGCGUAACCCCACGGGUGAGCUACGCAAUCCCUGAACGCCCAUAGGCUGUAUCAGGUGUCAAUCAUAAAAAACAUGAACCCCCUAAUAACUUAGAAAAAAUAACUUCAACAUCGCAAGCAGGGGUGAAAAAAAUGUAUGUUCUGUGUAAUAAAUUUCUAAAGUUUGUCCACAGCUCCAUAAGCUUUGCUAUCGAGGCGGGAUUUAUGACCUAUACUGCAGCCCGUCACCAGAGGGUGCUGUUCUCGGAGUGGCUUCACCUAGCGAGGAGGCAGACAGUGUCCAUUCCAUAUACAGUCUAUGGGCUGGACGGGCAUUGGAAACGCAGAGCAGCAAAAAUAGACUCGCUGCGUAUCUUUAGCAGUGCUGCUCUCGUUACGAUGCUGCGACAGAGCUAAUACCCGUCCUGUACGCUUUGCUGCAUUGAUUAGAAUGGCAACCUAUUUGCUGCAUCAAAUACAGAUACUGUAUGUUUUAUAAGCUCGGCGAGGUCGAGCUUCUCAACUACUUUACUUCGGAUGAUAAAUGGAGUUCAGCUGCUCACAUUUCUCUUCAUAAGUUUGCUCUUCUCUAACUUUUACUCCAUGAUAAUUUAGAUGAAAUUAUUUAAAAGUUUUACAGGGAAAAUGCCAUUCUAGUAAUACUCCUAAUAACUCAUAAACACCUGAUUCAUGAAAGAAGGCCCCAAAUGCCUUUGUAAUGAGACACUCUCUAAAAGACUUGGGAAUAUGCUGAUGCACCAAAGCACUAUAAAUACACCACUCCAGUUUAUUGGCAUCCAGCAUUCGCCACAGAUUUUUGGUGAUGACUCCAUGCUGCAGACUCUCUGUUCCUCCUCAUCCCAGAGGUGAUUUAAUGAGCUUUUCCGGAAUAAAAACUUACGCCUCACAAAUCCACUCCAAUCACAGCUGUGUUUAAAAAGUGUUUGCGUCAUACAAAUGGUCCUUAAAAGAGAGACUUCCACACUGAUGCCUCACAGCUACUAUAGCCAGAACUGUUGACACCUGGCAGGAUUGAUCAACGUUUAUGACAAAUUUUUUGCCCCGCCAUCUGCAGGAUGAGGCAUAAAACAGGAUUUAUGAGACCAGAUGGAGCGUUUUCCACCCUUAAAUCAUCUACUUUUGCUGCUAACGUGCCUGCUGCGGUCUUCAUCUCGUUGUUAGCUGUCCUGCAUGGCCGACUGCAUGCUUUAGCUCAUUUGCUUUAAAUUGUCGGCUUUUCCGGUGUGAUAUUUAAUUCCUUCACACGCUGUGGCUGUUAAUUGUCUACUUGAAGCCCACCUGUUAGACAGAAUGGGACUUGCCAUUUUAUGCUGACCUCUUCGAUUAGUAACACACACUCUCAGAGGACCGUGGCAGACUGAGACGUGUUUGGUUAGUCACACAUUUCCAAGUUUAAUGUGGGAAAUUCCCAGAGGGUCCAAUUUCUAAGAUGCUAGACACAAACAAUCUGGCAUAGGAAAUCAUACUAUGUUUAUAGCUGCUUACUCAACAACAGGAUCUUGUUUAGCAUGUGUUCCUACUCCAAAAGGUUGAAUAAAGACAUCUGAUUUAGUCAUUUUCACAUCUUUAUAUUCAAGUUUUUUUUCCUGCUUCUCCAAAUAACUGAAGCGAAGCUCACUAUACUUUUGUCAGCCCAUGUUAAUGGUGUGAUAUUCAUAAAAAAUGUGUUAUAACUGGAUCAAUGUAGCGAUAGGUUGCAUGAAAUUGCUUCAGAGUGUAAGUUAAAGUAACACGGACAAAAAGGUUUGACUUGUAGCUCAAAAAUAUUGAUCCAUUUUGCAAACCUGCUAAGGUACCUAAGUUUAAGUUCAUUAAGUACGGGUCCUGAUGCAUCUUUCUACAUGAUUACACCUGAGCACUUCAUUAAAGUAUUGUGUAGAAUAAUUAGCACACUAAUAAACGAAGUGCAGAGUUGUUUUGCAGCCCUAGUCUUAAUAUAUACUUAUCUGUUUCCUUUUUUUCUUGUCCAGCGUGGUGUGCGAGAUCAGCCCUGUUCGUGAUUUGAGAAAUAAUGAGGGCCAAGUGCAGGUGGAGGUGAAGGGAGGGAAGACUGGAACCUCCUCCAUUCACUUCACCUACAGGGUAAAAACUCUCCACACACACACACAUACUCUCUCUCUUUCUCUCUCUUUCUAGCUCUCCACAUUUUUCUUUUUUUAAUUGUCUUUAGUGCAACCAGAAUGAAGAAGUGAUACUUUAACCCCCCAAAGACAAAUCCGUAUCACUUUACUUGACGCCUAUCUCUAUAAUGCAUUAUAAAUACAUGUAUAAUGCAUUAUAAUCCUGUUAUAGCACUGUAUUACUAUAGUUAUAAACACUCAUAAAUGAUCAAAAUGCUUUAUAGCAAUAAUCAAAACAAAUUAUAAAGCAUUUUGUCAUGACUUACAACGUCAGGUAUUAUAAUGUGUUAUGCUUUUUGUUAUAAAUCCUUAUGAUAAAUAACAAGUGUUAAUAAUGAUAGUAAUACAAGCUUAUAAGCAAAUUAUAACACAUCAUAAAUAUAUGUAUAAUGCUAUAUCUAUGUGGGCAUUGUCAGUGAGUUGUUAACAGUUAUAACACAUUAUAAUACCUGACCUUGUAAGUCAUGAUAAAAUACUUUAUAAUGUUUAUAACUAUAAUUAUACAGUGCUAUAACGUGAUUAUAACACAUUAUACAUAUAUUUAUAAUGCGUUAUAGAGAUAGGCGUCAAGUAAAGUGUUACCGACAAAACAUUCAGAUGCCUUCAGCUGGUUUUGUUAUUGUAAAGGUCAUUGUUAUAUCCCGUUUCAUUACUGCAGAGAGCCUCUUAUCAGAACAUACCAAGUCCAUGUCUUUGACAUGUAACGCACAAAUAGAGCAAUCCUCAUUUGAUAGUAGAUGAAGCGCCUACAUGCUGUCACAUUACAAUGGCAAUGCUCCGUACAGUAUAAAAAAACUAGAAUUUGUAUGCAUUCACUCUAACCAGAUGCAGUGCAGGAGGCCCCCUUUUCUCUCUAAUGCUUUAACAGGCUCCAGCGUAGCUAUUUAACCGGCUUUUCAUAUCUGUGGCUCCGCUAAAGCUCCCCCACAGGGGAGUGCUCCGCCUAACUGUUUGCUCAGCAAAUUGAGGCAGAUGUGGUGCUUGUAUGGGUGUGUGUGUGUAUGUGUGAAUGUGUCUAAUAUAGCGGGGGAGAUCAAGGAGGGUGCGGAGAAAUGUGUGUGUGUGUGUGAGUGUGUGCAUAUGACUUGCACUGUGUGUGUGUGUGUGUGUGUGUGUGUGUGUGUGUGUGUGUGUGUGUGUGUGUGUGUGUGUGUGUGUGUUGUUCUUUUAUGUGUGAGUGUGUAGGCUGCAGCUUGUGUGUGUGUGUGUGUGCAUGUAAAUGCUUGCAGAGGAAAGAUGAGUGUAUAUUCAUGCUGUGUCUUGCCAAUCCCUGCACCUCCUCCAUCCUCUCACUAGGACCCUAUUCCUGAAGGAGUGAAUCCCUCCAGGGGUCCCAAAGCUGGGGGCACCCUUAUUACAAUUACGGGGCGUUUUCUGGACACUGGCAGUAAAGAAGACGUCCGGGUCAAUGUGGGGUCUGUGGACUGCAAAGUGUAAGGAUUUCUUUUCUCAAUAAUUGUCAUUCAAGCCAAACCCCAUUUCUUUUCAAUCCAGUCUCUUCAGCUGAUAAGUGCUACUUGUUAUUCAGACAUUGUAUUCCAUGCAAAUUCUACAGUAUGCACACUUUGAAGCCCAUAAAUUGAUUUCUUUUUUACAUUCCUGCGGCGAAAAAUGGAAUUGACCUUAACUUAGGUGUCAUGUGCAUGAUUUUUUUCCCCCUCCUGUUGCUGUUGUGAUCACGGGUGUUCUGCCAAAACCAGCCCAUGGUGACAUUUUCAGCAGCAGUAACAAAAAACUAACGAGCUAUAGAAGCAGCAAAGCCCGGAUUUAACAAGCUGUCAGGCUGCUGCCAUGUUGGCUUCCUCUGCACAGUGACCCUGUGUGACCCCGACUCUUUUAGCCACCCAGUGUUGAGAUGUGUUCUUGUCUUGACAGGGAGAGCUUCGGGGAGAAGAUCACCUGCAGGACAGGAGAAUACCUGGAGAAGGUGCCUUCUGACCGCCUUGCUGUUUAUGUAAGGUAUGGAAAGAGCACCACAAAAACCAUCAAAGGCGCCUUCAAAUUCUCGGACAAUCCUACAGUGCUGGACCACCGACCCCAAGGGAGCUUCAUCUGGUCAGUAUAAAAUCACAGCAUGAGUUCCUUUCACCUGGAAUCAAAGUGUUUGUAAUUCUGAGUUAAUUUGAUUAAGAUUAAGAAAUCAGCAUUUCAGUAAAAAGUAAAGAUGUUACUCUCCUUGUGUCCAGUCUGACUAUUAGAUUUCAUAUCUCUUUAAACUGGACCCACCAAACAUCAGAUGUCGAAGAGACGUGCAGAUCAAGUCAGUAUUGGGUCGGUCUGUCAAAGACCACAUCUAGACGUCAGUGUGACGUGCAAAAUAGGUUAGAAAUUUCAACAUCCAAAUUGGACUUUUUUUAGACGUCGUUCUGGCUCAGAAUUUGGCUGUCAUUUGAAGACCAAAUCUAGACGUCGGCAUAGUGUGCAAAAUGGAUCCAAGAUAUAGACGUCAUUAUUGGACCUCUUUUAGACGUUGAAAUGACGUCCACAUUUGUACCUCAUCGUCGAAAAAGUGCGUUAAAUAGAUGUCAUUUCAACGUCGCAUUGCGCAGUGGGGAGCUGCUUUUAUUCUAAAGAGACCUUAUUUCUUCUUGUGAUUUUAGAUAGAGUCAAAGUUAAAUUCAAAACCAAUAAACUAUGUUUGUAGGCCCACCAAUUCAAUCCCGACUAAAAUACCUCAAGUGUGGGAUAGAUUGCCAUGAAAUUUGCUUCAAAUAUUCAAGGUGCUAAUGGAAUAGACCGUGGUAAUCAUGGUGUUGCCUUGGCUGUUCCUCUCUCCCCCACAAGACGGUUAUUAUUUGUGGUUUUGAGUUAGAUGUCCAAAUAACUUCUCAGUGGAUAGUGGUUAAAAUUGGUAUACAAUAUCAUGUUCCCUUAGGAUGUUGUGAAAUAACUUUUCUAUUUCCUGACUUUUUUAUUCAGGGCGGCUAUCAGGUCAAAAUUUGACUUGGCCCAAAACUUAACUUUAUAACAAAACGCCUGCAGACUUAAUGACUUUUAAUAUUGCUGUGGGCUUUAUUUACAGAAAUCUCUCCCAUGGAAAUCGUGAAUUUUUUUUCAUCAUGACUAGCUGAUAUGGUUACUUAAAAACUGGUUUAUAGCAGCUUGAAACUACCCUCAGAAACCUCAAACUUUUCCUUAUUUUUGAAGCGAAGAAGUGAAGAAGGAACAGCAACAAAUUGACAUUGUUGACAAAGUCAAACCGAACAAUACUGCUGUGGAAAAUCGACCACUAAGAAAGACACCUGCCCCCUUCUUGCCCUGCAAACCUCUAUCUGUCUUACACCUUGGUAGAGAUUACAAAUACUAAGAAGCAUUUUGUUUUGAAACACAGGAUUUGUCCUUUCCUGAGUUGCCCAGUAUGCCUGUGUUUUGUGUGUUUGCCUGCAGGACAUUUUCCACUCUUACUUUUGAUCAUCUGAAGGAGUUACAAAUGAUAGCCUUUGAUGCUGCACCAAACUGCUUGAUGAUCACUGAAAAUGGAUGCAUUAGACAGUUAUCUUGCUUUUCUGUGCGAUUGAAAGCACCAGGGUGUGUGUGUGUGAUGAGGAACACAGACUGAGACAACAGACAGGCUAAACUAAUUUGUUUUCAUCUUUGCUGAAAAUUACCCGAGGUGCAAUUUAAGAAGCGCGUAUGUCUUCCCGUAACUCUCCCUGGGGGCUUAUCUUUGUUUGGCUGUUGAUAUACACACCCAUAUAUGUGUUUAACUCUGUUGUCUGUUCUACUCUUAUGCUUCUGUGUUUUUCAGUGGAGGGAGGACCAUCGUGGUGACUGGCUUCGACUUUGACCUGAUCCAGACUGCUGUCAUGAAAGUUGAAAAAGACAACUCGAUAUCUGUGGAGGUGUGUCUUCAAUUGUCUCUUCUUUUCCUUCCAUUUAUCAUCAUCUUCCCUUCUUUACCUCAAUCAGCCUGCUGAUUAUCCAGCUCUAAAAGUCAUCAUUUCCGCGCUCAUAUUACUCUCUCUUGGAUUUCUAUUUUCAACAAGUCUUUGCUUCAGAGAAUUUCUACCUUUCAAUCUGUUUUUCCCCUCACAGUAGCAGCACAGUCCAUCGAUCUCCCCACAUCUCAUGAGCCCACGACUGCUGUGGUGAUUCACUCAAACUCUGGAACAUGCAGCACACACCACCAAACUUUUAUCCUCCUCACUUCCAUGUGCCAGUAUGACUCCAUCUCAUUUUUAGGGCCAUAAAUCCAUCAGACCUGCAGGAAUGCAGAUAGCAGCAGCACUGUUUCACCCUCAGCACAAUAUGACUAUGUUCCUCGUCCAGCUCCUUCAAGCGGCGCUGAGUCUGCCAGGAAACUUGAAGGAAUUGUACACAGCCUGCUGCCGUCUGCCCCCCAGUGUACUGCACAGCGUUAGCAGCACUUUCGUUCAUUUCAUUAAAAGGGCUAAAUUUAAUACCGGCAUUAAGGUUGCAGAGGAUUAUAUGACUCCACUGGCCUUCACCACUUUACUCUUGGCCAUGUUUCUAGCCCCCACUACCAGGGCGCAGGGGGGGAUUUGAAAAGGCUUCUGACUGCCAUAAAAUAUCCGGGAUGUUAAGUUUUAUCUCAAAGGCCUUAGCUGGUCAACUUCAUAAGCUUCUCUUGGUUUUAAGUCUAUCCACUGAACUAGACCCAAAUAUUUAGAGUUUAUGACUGCUCGCUUGUGGCGAAAACAUCUUGAGUGUUACACUAGCAGCCAAAAGCAGAGAUGGGUAUUUCUUUUUCUCUUGAAUUCCCCUCAGACCUCAUUUGUAAUUGUAAACUUCUUUUUGUGGAUUGCAUCAGCUGCUUUAACUUAUCCUAGUUGUACUAUAAAUCUUACUACUAGACUGAAAUUAGAUGCCUCAAGGGAUUAACUGUUUCUGUAUAUUUAUAACUAAAAACUGGCAGGAGUAACUGUUGCAUAGAAAGAGAAUACACUAGAAACAAUUUGAUAAUAAUCACUUAGUUAAUAAUGGCAUUUGACAUAACAUGACCUUUGAUAAACAUAGAAUAACACAAUCAACGAUUAACCAAGGAAAUACUUAAUAAAUAAAAACUGAAUCCUGUGAAUAUAAGAUUCACCUGCAUUUAUAAAGGAUCUGAAUCAGUGUUUUACACAUUUUUCUACUCCCUCUAUAUUCUGAAAACUUAUUCCACUCACACCAAUCAUAACUGUUGUCAUUUAGCAACGAUAUAGCAUAUUUAUAAGAGGUUGAAAUGUAUUAGAUUUCAUGAUUUUUGCCACCGUACCAGUAUGGAUACAUGUAUGACUGCAUGACUUUGGGUGCAGCAAUAACAUCCCAGAAAAAUUCUGUGUAUCACAUUGGAUUUUAGCGGAAAACCGCAGAACGUAAGAUGGCUAGCAAGAUGGUAUUUUAAUGUUAGCUAGCUGACAUUAGGAACAAGACAUCCCACUCAAAGCUUUCUUUAUUAGAGAUGGAGCGUUAUAAGCUAGGGUAAUAGUAUGAAAUGGCCACCAACUAGCUACAGUGGGUCUACAAAGCGGACAAUUUAUAGGCACAGUAGUUGUUAGGCAAAGAGCACAGAGUCAACAAAGUUAUUCUUCAGUGAAGAGAAGUUGUUUCCCCACAACUACUUUACUGUAAAAUGAAACAAUUUUGAUAUAAACUGCAGUUUUAAAGAGAUUAAACAAAGGUUGUGUAUUUUUUUGCAUUGUUCCCUAACUUGCCUUCUUAUGCGCUAAGCUAACAGGCCUGUAGCUUCAUGUUUAGCCUCUAGCUUCUCUGCUUUUUCCUCAGAUUGUUGAACUUUUCCUCCUCAUGUGUAGUCAUUAGUCGCACAGCGGUGCGGCUGCUUCAGAUUCACAGUUUAAAGCGAUAACUCAAAGACAACUUUAUUGAAUAUUGCUUGAUUUUUAUUUCAAAGCGUUAUUUGAUGUUGCUUACCCCUUUUGCCCUGUCCUUUCAGAAAGCUUUAACUGUGCGUAGGACUCAGGAGCGUAGCUGUCACACACGGUAUUGUCAGCCCUGUAUCUGAACAAUCAAAGUGACAGAAAUAUCACAAUUGGUCCAGUUAAUCAAAGACAAAACAAAGCCAGUGGAGGAAUGACUCAGAACAAGUUCUGAUUCAUCGGAGGCUGUUUUUCACAACGGCAGAUUCGGAUUUAAAUAGACAACUGAAAAGGGAAUUAUAUAUUUUAUCUCCCCAUCCUACCAAUCAGGCUUUUAUCUUCAUCCACACCACCCCCAAAACACUCUUUACUUAUGCAACUAUAGUUACUAUUUCACCGCCUCUUCUCGAAAACUCCCACUGUUGGCUUUCUGAUCUCCCAAAUUUCCAUGUCAAAAAACACCAAAUUAUUAUUUUUGUGCUGCGUGUCAACAAACUGCAUAACUGUCAAACUGUUUGAAUCAGCUGUGGUCUUCCUCUCUGUUUUUCAAUUCUUUAGGAGGCUCAUGAGAAAAACGACACCGUCAUCAAGUUUCGAUCUCCAACAGUGAACGGCUCCCUGAGUCAGCCGUACAAAACCUACAUCCAGCUGGACAACUUCGUAAAGGAGCUGAAGCCCUUUGACUAUCACCCUGACCCGACCUUCAACGAGCUGACCAAGAAAGUCAUCACUGAGGCCAGCCUCAUCAUCGUCACUGUGAGUAUAGGCUGCCCGGGCUCCUUAUUAUGCUGCAGUUUAUGGGAAAGGGAUUAAGAUGAAUGGUGUUAUUAUCUAACUGGAGGAAAAAUGUGGAAAAGAUGCUGACUUUACUUAUUUUCUUCUUUUUUUUUUAGCUGCUUAUGUUGUUUGGUUUGAUUGGGUGUUAAAAAAAUAUUUAAAUAGCUGGACAUUCAAUAUUUCAGCUCAGUGGAGUGAUUAUUUUUGGAGUUAGAUUAACUGAGACAAAUGCAGAAUAAAAGUUGCAAUUAUCAACAUCUUUUUCUUGUAACCCUCUGGAAAAAGAGGUCAUGUGAGAAUUUGGAAAGGUCAUGGGAUGAUUAACAGAAGAAAAACUUAUUUCUGGGACACCUUUUACUCUUUUUAUGCUGCAUCAUAGGAAAAUUUUACCAUUCCUCAAACUCAACAAACUCUUCCAAAACAAAUGUCUGAAAAUCUAUGUUUCAUAUUUGGUUGAGUGCAUUCAGCCAGCUGAGCAAAGCUUCCUUUAAUGUGGUUGUAGGUCAAAUCAUCAGAACAUGUAAUAUAGAGAUAGAUCACUUAGAUUAGUUGUCUUAAAAGUCUGAAAUCUGACCCCUCUUAGCACUUCUUUAGAUGUUGGAUGUAAAUUUUAACAACCUUCACCAAGAUCAAGACAAAAAGAAAGAGAGAAAAAAAGGAUUUAGAACAUACCUGCCAACACUCCUGUUUUUCCCAGGACUCUCCCAUAUUUCAGACCUAUCUCCCGCCCUCCUCCUGUAUUGUCAUUUCUCCUGGGAAUCUCCCGUAGUUUGAUGGUCCACGUUCAUUCAUGAAUCGGAUCACUAUAUUUGUCCAAAGUUUCCAGACAGCCGAAGAUUGUCCUGUGUUUAGAUGAGCCUCACAGACACUGGAUUGAUACUUUCACUUUACAGCUUUGGAUGAUUCAAGUCGGUUUAAACUGUAAACUACAUUUAAGCAGUGUUUGUCGCAAAAUAAACACUUCAAUGAAAGGGAAACAAACAUGAGAUAUAAUGUUUACAUUGACAGUCUUGCACCGUCUCGGAGUGAUGCGUUCAGGGCAGCCUCAGAUAAAAGAGUGCGGUAUUACACACACAGAUGUUUAGAGAGCCUCAUACGGGAGAGCAUGUCAAACAUACGAGGACUUUAACAGCAAAAGUAGUGGACUAAAUAAGUUCAAGGCAUACUGUAGCUAUUAUUUUUUUAGGGCCCGAGCGUAGCUGCUAAGCAGCUGCGAGAGCCCUCUUGUUCCUGAUGGAUUCUUUAGGGCCCGAGCGUAGCUGCUAAGCAGCUGCGAGAGCCCUCUUGUUCCUGCAUGUUUCCUUCUUUCGUUAUUAUUUUUCCUCCGCUUUAAACUGGAAAAUGGCCCACUUCCCACUGGCGAAAACUCAGGAAAUUUGGCAGGACGACCGGGCCUGGUGAAAAAUUCGAUAUUCUGAAGUCGCCCAAACAAUAAAAUGUAAAAUGGCUCCAUAGCGCCCCCUAAGGUGAAAAUUCACAUGACGGCUGUACGCUUUGUCAUAUUGACACAAAAAUUGACACACACAUGUAUCUCAAUAAGAUCUACAAAAAAGUCAGUGCGGGCGUAUCUGUCAAAUGUACGGUUAAUGGGUUAUUUUGCAUUUUUUGCAGAUCUGCACACAUUGGAAUUUCGCUAACUCCUCCGAAGGCUUUCGUUCGACCGGCACCACAUUUGCGCAGGCCAAUCUACCCCCCAUGGCCAUUAAAAGUUGUACAAAUCAUGACGCUGCACCCCACGGUUUACGUUCUAGGGGGCGCCAAAGAUAACCCAAAAUCCACAUUCUUAAAAGUCUUAUAACUUUUUAUUUUUGUCCUCACUGCCCUCCAAGUUUUCUAGGAUAAUGCAAUGUCCAGCCAUCAACACAUUUGUGAAGGAAUUUUUACUCCCCAAAAGAGCGCCCCCCCAUGGCAGGAGAAAAAAGUCAAUUUUUUCUUGUCCCCUUACAUGAAAAUACACAUUGUUGAGUGUCACGCCUGAACGCUUUGUCAUAUUGACACAAAAAUUGACAAUCAUGUGUAUCUCAAUUAGAUCUACGAAAAAGUCAAAGAGCGCGUAUCUGUAUAAUGUACGGUUAAAGGGCUAUUUCGCAUUUUUUGCCGAUUCGCACACAUUGGAAUGUGGCUAUCUCCUCCUAAGGCUUUCGUCCCACCGAUACCAAAUUCGCUCAGGGCAAUCUACACCCCAUGCCCAUUCAAAGUUGUAAAAAUCAUGACGCUGCACCCCACGGUUUACGUUCUAGGGGGCGCCAAAGAUGACCCAAAAAUCCACAUUCUUAAAAGUCAUUUUGGCCACUGCAGGAGUACAGAGUACUGCAGUUCUAGGGGGCGCCAAAGAUGACCCAAAAAUCCACAUUCUUAAAAGUCUUUUUGGCCACUGCAGGAGUACAGAGUACUGCAGGAUACACACACAUAUACACACACACACACACACACACACACACACACACACACACACACACACACACUCAGAGUCUGUUUUUUAGCACCUGCAAAAACAUGCUGUUUACAUAUUUCACAAGAAUGCAGAGGCUUCCUUUUGCCCCUGAAAAAAAUCAGAUUUCAAACACAACUUGACUGUUCAUUUCUCCAAAAGACAACCAUGAAGCUCCAUCCAAACCUGAAGCAGAUAGUUGGUGCAUGUGUACAGUAACCUGAGGGGAGUGAGGUGACUAUUUCUGAGGAGAACAUGAGCAGUGAAGAUUCACCUUGGAGCUAGAACAGGGACGUGCACAUGAUUAUACAGGGGCAGGGGCUCAAGUUUUUUCCAGUCAUUUAUACAAUAUGGAAAUUAAUGUGAAAUUAAAACACAAAUAUGUGUGAUGAACUGUUUUUAAAACUUAAACUUCAAAUAAAAAUUGUAAACUUCAAAACAUAUGCAAAUUUUUAACAAAGAACAUAGUAAUUUACCUCUAUUUACAUCAAAAUGCAGGCAAUGGCCCAGGCGUUCUUUGUAAAAUUAUUUACAAAACACUGUAUAGUCUCACAAAUGUCACUUUUUAUUUAUGCCACUACAAAAAAACAUGAUGUAAAUGAUGCAUGAUGUAAAACAUGAUGUAAAAAACUUGUGUAGAUCCUCCUCUAUGGCAGUCCAUGUGUAAUUUUUCCAUAAUUCUUUGUUUUUUGCAGCAUUUUUGUUAGUGUAACUGCAGAUUGUGCUGACAGUCUAUGGCAAAAAAAACAAAAACUGAAAAUGCCUCAACAUGAACCCCUGGUGGUCUCUGAGGGUGAAACCUGCUAACUGCUGCAGCUCUGUCAGCUUCAGUCUCCCAUGCAGAGCUCGGAGCGCAUAUGUGGCUCUGCACCCUUAGCAGCGUUGCUAACUCCUCAGUAAGGAAAGCCUGCUUCAUGUCAGAGUCUCUAAACUCCAGAAGAAGUCGAUAAAAGUCCCUUUCUUUCUAAAAAGUCGUUAGGGGGUCUGAAAAGUAAUUGAAUCUAACAACAAAGUCGCUAGGUUUGCAACUACGUGUCCCAGACUGCAUCCCUGCUGAGAGUCCCUCCCUCCCUUCUCAUGUUGCAGGAAGAACGUAAGCGCCCGCCCCUUGUCAAUCAGUCACCAUAUAAUUUUGGAUUGGUUGUUGUGGUGAAGUUUUCCACCAAUAGGAGAGAUGUUGUGGUGUGUUUUUUUUUUCUUUUGGCAAGCCUUUUCCGCCUGUAAGACCUGUCGCUAAUGUGUGCAUGCUAUGUUUUCCUGUCUCAUACAGCGCGAUCGAGCGCCGAACGUGAUCAAAAUAAGCAGAAAAAAAGUAUUGCGGACAUAAUUUAUCAUAACUCUGGUUUUAUUUGGCCUAUCAACACAAUUUAAAAACUGGUAUAUAGGUUGAGGUCCUCACUUUUGAGAUAAGUUGAAACGAAGAGUUAACGAGGCUCCGUCUUGCAGCUACAUCCGGUUAAAUAUGUCAUGUGACUUGAACGCUGGGGAGCGUCAAUCGAAUCGAAUCAAACCUAACUCUCAGAUGAAUCUUCAAAAUUCACCUCAGAAAUAUGCUUAUUAUUCUUCUCAGAGUACUGCAGGAUACACACACACAGACACACACACACACACGCACACACACACACACACACACACACACUCAGAGUCUGUUUUUUAGCACCUGCAAAAACAUGCUAUUUACAUAUUUGACAAGAAUGCAGAGGCUUCCUUUUGCCCCUGAAAAAAAUCAAAUUUCAAACACAACUUGACUGCUCAUUUCUCCAAAAGACAACCAUGAAGCUCCAUCCAAACCUGAAGCAGGCAGUUGGUGCAUGUGUACAGUAACCUGAGGGGAGUGAGGUGACUGCUUCUGAGGAGAACAUGAGCAGUGAAGAUUCACCUUGGAGCUAGAACAGGGACGUGCACAUGAUAAUACAGGGGCAGGGGCUCAAGUUUUUUCCAGUCGUUUAUACAAUAUGGAAAUUAAUGUGAAAUUAAAAAACAAAGUAUGACUGUCCUGUGUAGGUGACAGUGAUAUCCAAUAGGCUAGGCACUCACGAGGCUGGCUGUGGCAAGUGUAAGUGAAAGCAACACGCACUGGCAGGAAGAACAGCAAACGCCGAUGAAGGAAAAGGGUCUUUGCAGUGAUGGGCGUUACCAGAGAGGGCGAUGGCCAGAGGACACGAAUGGGACGGGGAGGCAGCGCGUUGGGGGGGGGGGGGGGGGCGACACGGCUCAGGCCCGCCAGUGCCCCAACGGGGCCCUAGUUAGGGCCCGAGCCAGCUGCAGAGCAGCCGGGCGUAGGCCCUAUUAUUCCCCAAGUGGUUUUUCUUUGUUUCUUUCUUUCUUUUUUCUUUUUCCUCCCCUUUGAACUGGAAAAUGGCCCACUUCCCACUGGCGAAAACUCAUGAAAUUUGGCAGGACGACCGGGCCUGGUGAAAAAUUUGAUAUUCUGAAGUCGCCCAAACAAUAAAAUGCAAAAUGGCUCCAUAGCGCCCCCUAAGGUGAAAAUUCACACUAUUGACUGUCACGCCUGUACGCUUUGUCAUAUUGACACAAAAAUUGACACACAUAUGUAUCUCAAUAAGAUCUACAAAAAAGUCAGUGCGGCCGUAUCUGUCAAAAUUACGGUUAAAGGGUUAUUUCGCAUUUUUUGCCGAUCCGCACACAUUGGAAUUUCGCUAACUCCUCCGAAGGCUUUCGUUCCACCGGCACCACAUUUGCUCAGGCCAAUCUACACCCCGUGGCCAUUAAAAGUUAUCAAAAUCAUGACGCUGCACCCCAAGGUUUAGGUUCUAGGGGGCGCCAAAGAUAACACUAAAAUCCACAUAUUUAAAAGUCUUAUAACUUUUUAUUUUUGUCCUCACUGGCCUCCAAGUUUUCUAGGAUGAUGCAAUGUCCAGCCAUCAACACAUUUGUGAAGGAAUUUUUACUCCCCAAAAGAGCGCCCCCCCAUGGCAGGAGAAAAAAGUCCAUUUUUUCUUGUCCCCUAAGGUGAAAAUACACAUUGUUGAGUGUCACGCCUAUACGCUUUGUCAAAAUGACACAAAAAUUGACACACACAUGUAACUCAAUAAGAUCUACGAAAAAGUCAAUGCGCGCGUAUCUGUCAAAUGUACGGUUAAAGGGUUAUUCCGCAUUUUUUGCCGAUCCGCACACAUUGGAAUUUCGCUAACUCCUCCUAAGGCUUUCGUUCCACCGGCACCACAUUUGCUCAGGCCAAUCUACACCCCAUGGCCAUUAAAAGUUAUCAAAAUCAUGACGCUGCACCCCACGGUUUAGGUUCUAGGGGGCGCCAAAGAUAACCCUAAAAUCCACAUAUUUAAAAGUCUUAUAACUUUUUAUUUUUGUCCUCACUGGCCUCCAAGUUUUCUAGGAUGAUGCAAUGUCCAGCCAUCAACACAUUUGUGAAGGAAUUUUUACUCCCCAAAAGAGCGCCCCCCCAUGGCAGGAGAAAAAAGUCCAUUUUUUCUUGUCCUCUAAGGUGAAAAUACAUAUUGUUGAGAUUCACGCCUAUACGCUUUGUCAUAUUGACACAAAAUUUGACAAUCACGUGCCUUGCCUGGUAUCAUUUUUUUCAGCACAACCUCACCUGUGCGAAUUUACAGUUAUUUUAUCAUGUUGACAUACUGAAUUUACACAAUGGACCCAAAUUCACACACAAAACAUAAAAUCCGAGUGGAAAAAAGUAACAUUUUUACUGUGAAAACCACAAAUAUGUGUGAUGAACUGUUUUUAAAACUUAAACUUCAAAUAAAAAUUGUAAACUUCAAAACAUAUGCAAAUUUUUAACAAAGAACAUAGUGAUUUACCUCUAUUUACAUCAAAAUGCAGGCAAUGGCCCAGGCGUUCUUUGUAAAAUUAUUUACAAAACACUGUAUAGUCUCACAAAUGUCACUUUUUAUUUAUGCCACUACAAAAAAACAUGAUGUAAAUGAUGCAUGAUGUAAAACAUGAUGUAAAAAACUUGUGUAGAUCCUCCUCUAUGUCAGUCCAUGUGUAAUUUUUCCAUAAUUCUUUGUUUUUUGCAGCAUUUUUGUUAGUGUAACUGCAGAUUGUGCUGACAGUGUCUAUGGCACAAAAAAAAAAAUAAAUUAAAAUGCCUCAACAUGAACCCCUGGUGGUCUCUGAGGGUGAAACCUGCUAACUGCUGCAGCUCUGUCAGCUUCAGUCUCCCAUGCAGAGCUCUGAGCGCAUGUGUGGCUCUGCACCCUUAGCAGCGUUGCUAACUCCUCAGUAAGGAAAGCCUGCUUCAUGUCAGAGUCUCUAAACUCCAGAAGAAGUCGAUAAAAGUCCCUUUCUUUCUAAAAAAAGUCGUUAGGGGGUCUGAAAAGUCAUUGAAUCUAACAACAAAGUCGCUAGGUUUGCAACUACGUGUCCCAGACUGCAUCCCUGCUGAGAGUCCCUCCCUCGCUUCUCAUGUUGCAGGAAGAACGUAAGCGCCUGCCCCUUGUCAAUCAGUCACCAUAUAAUUUUGGAUUGGUUGUUGUGGUGAAGUUUUCCACCAAUAGGAGAGAUGUUGUGGUGUGUUUUUUUUUUCUUUUGGCAAGCCUUUUCCGCCUGUAAGACCUGUCGCUAAUGUCUGCAUGCUAUGUUUUCCUGUCUCAUACAGCGCGAUCGAGCGCCGAACGUGAUCAAAAUAAGCAGAAAAAAAGUAUCGCGGACAUAAUUUAUCAUAACUCUGGUUUUAUUUGGCCUAUCAACACAAUUUAAAAACUGGUAUAUAGGUUGAGGUCCUCACUUUUGAGAUAAGUUGAAACGGAGAGUCAACGAGGCUCCGUCUUGCAGCUACAUCCGGUUAAAUAUGUCAUGUGACUUGAACGCACACACAGACACGCACACACGCACACACACACACACACACACACACACACACACACACUCAGAGUCUGGUUUUUAGCACCUGCAAAAACAUGCUAUUUACAUAUUUGACAAGAAUGCAGAGGCUCCUUUUGCCCCUGAAAAAAAUUAAAUUUCAAACACAACUUGACUGGUCAUUUCUCCAAAAGACAACCAUGAAGCUCCAUCCAAACCUGAAGCAGGCAGUUGGUGCAUGUGUACAGUAACCUGAGGGGAGUGAGGUGAGUGCUUCUGAGGAGAACAUGAGCAGUGAAGAUUCACCUUGAAGCUAGAACAGAGACGUGCACAUGAUUAUACAGGGGCAGGGGCUCAAGUUUUUUCCAGUCGUUUAUACAAUAUGGAAAUUAAUGUGAAAUUAAAACACAAAGUAUUAAUAGAAAGGUAAUGACUGUCCUGUGUAGGUGACAGUGAUAUCCAAUAGGCUAGGCACUCACGAGGCUGGCUGUGGCAAGUGUAAGUGAAAGCAACACGCACUGGCAAGAAGAACAGCAAACGCCGAUGAAGGAAAAGGGUCUUUGCAGUGAUGGGCGUUACCAGAGAGGGCGAUGGCCAGAGGACGCGAAUGGGACGGGGAGGCAGCGCGUUGGGGGGGGGCAGCGCGACACGGCUCGGGCCCGCCAGUGCCCCAACGGGGCCCUAGUCUUUUGUUAUUAUUAUUAUUAUUAUUUUUCCUCCGCUUUAAACUGGAAAAUGGCCCACUUCCCACUGGCGAAAACUCAUGAAAUUUGACAGGACGACCGGGCCUGGUGAAAAAUUCGAUAUUCUGAAGUCGCCCAAACAAUAAAAUGCAAAAUGGCUCCAUAGCGCCCCCUAAGGUGAAAAUUCACACUAUUGACUGUCACGCCUUUACGCUUUGUCAUAUUGACACAAAAAUUGACACACACAUGUAUCUCAAUAAGAUCUACAAAAAAGUCAGUGCGGGCGUAUCUGUCAAAUGUACGGUUAAAGGGUUAUUUCGCAUUUUUUGCCGAUCCGCACACAUUGGAAUUUCGCUAACUCCUCCGAAGGGUUUCGUUCCAACGGCACCACAUUUGCUCAGGCCAAUCUACACCCCAUGGCCAUUAAAAGUUGUACAAAUCAUGACGCUGCACCCCACGGUUUACGUUCUAGGGGGCGCCAAAGAUAACCCAAAAAUCCACAGUCUUAAAAGUCUUAUAACUUUUUAUUUUUGUCCUCACUGGCCUCCAAGUUCUCUAGGAUGAUGCAAUGUCCAGCCAUCAAUACAUUUGUGAAGGAAUUUUUACUCCCCAAAAGAGCGCCCCCCAAUGGCAGGAGAAAAAAGUCCAUUUUUUCUUGUCUCCUAAGGCGAAAAUACACAUUGUUGACUGUCACGCCUUUACGCUUUGUCAAAAUGACACAAAAAUUGACACACACAUGUAUCUCAAUACGAUCUACGAAAAAGUCAAUGCGAGCGUAUCUGUUCAAUGUACGGUUAAAGGGCUAUUUCGCAUUUUUUGCCGAUUCGCACACAUUGGAAUGUGGCUAACUCCUCCUAAAGCUUUUGUCCCAUCGGCUUCAAAUUUGCUCAGGCCAAUCUACACCCCAUGGCCAUUCAAAGUUGUACAAAUCAUGACGCUGCACCCCACGGUUUACAUUCUAGGGGGCGCCAAAGAUGACCCAAAUAUCCACAUUCUUAAAAGAAUCCAAUUCCCCCCCCCCAUCCCCCAUCCCCCAUCCCCCAUGGCAGGAGAAACAGUCAAGUUUUUCCUGCCCAUCACUCAAUGGCUCAAUCGCAUCACUCUCCCGGCAACACCGUAACGAGAAGCAACUUGCCGUUUGGAUAUAUCCUAGCUGUGUUUGUGCCCUCACUCAUGGUCCAGACUUUUUUCAAAUAGGACAUGUAGUUUGUCUGCAGCGAGUGUUUUGGUAGAAACUGCGCCUCCCAUUCAUUAUAAUGGGAAAUGACCACAGACAAGUGCGCAUACCAUCUUUGGACCUUGAGUGUGACGCGAUCGGGAGGGGGAGGCGGUCGCGCUGGGGGCGGCGCAACGCGGCUCGGGCCCGACAGUGCCCCACCGGGGUCCUAGUUUACUAUUUGUUAUUGUUAAAAAAAACAAAAAAGUGUGCAGCUUCACUUAGACUUAUUUGGAUGAGCUAUCUAAUUACAAAUACUCUCAUAAUGAGCUCAUAUCCACCAUACAUGGUAACCCCAAAACUGCUGGGUGUGCGCCGCAAAAAUCUCCCGGAUUUUAUAACCCAAAUGUUUGCAGGUAUGAUUUAGAAUAAUUCAAGGAGAUCUAUUAGUUACAAUGUUGGGUGUCUAUACUAUAACUCAGCAAGGUUUCACAACAUAAGCUACAUGGAUGUUUUCUAGUAAUGAAAAACUCUGUUUAGCUAAGCGAGACUUAGCCUGAAGCUAAUGUCAGGCUCUGCUGUCCAAUUACGUCCCGCCCCCUUUGGCAGCUCUUUCAAAAUGUUCCUCUGAUCGGCACUUUGUUGAUUCAGAGUGUUUUUGAAAGUUGUUUAUUUGUGAAGUUUUUUUUGAGGUGUGUGAAAGAUAGCCACAGCUAUUUUCUCUUCCCAAAGAUAAAGGUACCAGAAAACUGUGGGGAACUUUUAUGUUGACAGGACAAUAAGCGGCUGCAACUUAGCUGUCUGUGCUCUUCACUCCACUGAUGACUCCUUUAUAAACAGAGGCCAGCACAAGAGGAAUUUGUAUCUUGGUUGUUACUGAAACCGGGGGCUGUUUUAUCUAUAGAGAGCUUUCAUGAAGGCUCCAUACCUGAUCAGUUAUCCAUUAUUUCAUCAUCAUUAUUAAUAAUUUGAUCUACAAACUCUGAUGGAAGUUAAAACGCCCUCUGAAAUCUUCGUAAACUCUUGUUACGUGUGAAGAAAAAUAGAUUUUUCCAUUUUUCUGACAAAAGAAAAUUGGCAAAUCAGUGCCACACUUAAAUAACCCACAGUCUUUACAGUUGAUUGCAUCUUUUAAUUCAGCUUCAGAUCUACCUCACACCCUUUAUGUCAGUUCUCAGGUUCUUCAGUAAUCACUUUUUGAAGUUUCUUCAAAGUAAACUUCAAGCUUUAGGUAAAUGAGUCAGGAGAAGUGUCUGCAGAAAGAGGUCUGAGGCCUUGUCAGUUACUCAAAUGCCAGUUUACUUAAGCUCAUUUCACCUUCCUUCUAUUCCAGACUGCAUUAGAGUAAUUGAAAGCGUGCCUGUUGAUACUGGAGUGUGUUAUGAAAGUGUACUGUGCAGUGCCAGGACUGUGGGAUUGACUGGAGCUGUGCCCACACUGUCUUAACUAAGAAAUUACCUACAAAUGUGCUUACAUGGAAUAUAAUCUUUAUCUUUUUAAUUACGUUCAGCUCUCGCAGAGGAACAACGGAGAGCUGUCAUAAACUUUCCAUCCAUCACUAAUGAAAACGCUUGCAGUUAUGUUUUUAAUACCACUCGCACGAUGGCUGUGCUUGAUGGUAUGUGAGUAAUUAAUUUCCAUCCCAUGUUCUUUCGUCACUUUUAAGCAUUAAAGUUGAUCUUCUUCUGCAGGGUCGGGGAUUCUCCAAAGCCAUGACAGCCAAAGAGGCUCAAGCGUUUGUCGGCGACGUGUCCUGUCAGGUCAACACGCUUCAAGAUGACAAGCUGUUUCUGGACCCGCCUUCUACCCCGCCUAGUGCUCGCUCCAGACGCCACCGCAGAGACACCCGGCCUGAGCUGCUCGACUUAAUGGUCAGUUCAGGGUUGGAGUUGACAAGCAGGAGUAAAGUCUUUAGAUUCUGUGCUACACUGUAAAAAAAAAUGUUCGAAAAGUAAAAGUCUGGCAUCAGAUGACAGAAGUAGAAGUUAAUGAGGCAAAACAGCUUCUAUUAAUGAAAGAUUAUGAAUACUUACCCACCAAGCAAAAAGUGGUUGAAAAGAUGUUGAAAAAGUGUCUUCACCAUAUGUCUAAACAACAUCUUGAUUUGGAUCAUCUAAAUGAAGCCCAGUUUUUAAUUUUUAUUUUUUUGGGCUAAAGUACUGCUAUGAUGGGCCGAUUUAGCCUGAAAAAAGACGUCUAAAUGACGUUGGGUGUUUAGUGGGUAUUAAUUAUUUUUAAAAAGCUUUUUAAUCUUGUGGAUUAAUUUUGUCAACUAGUUGACUAAUUGUUCCAGCUUUACUUUUUCAUACUGUAUGAAACUUGACUCUUUAAAGUCCCACUCUAAUCUUAUUUUUUUUCAAUUAUUUAAAGCGUUCUCAGUGGUUGUUUAAUUGUGAUUAUGAAGUUUUUAGCCAAAAUCAUGUUACCUGUUCCAUUUUCGAGGGCUUUUCUUCUGCAGAGCUCCAGGAGCUCAUUAGCAAUUCGCCUCUGAGUCUUGGACGGAGACAGCGCUGCUCUGCACACUCCUUGUCACGCUAGCUUGUAGACUAACAUUGCAGGUGCAGCAGAAGUGGCAGGUAAUAUAGGAGCUAAUAAAGGGGGCGGAGCAUAGAUUUGUGACAUAGGAAAUCUUACUGAGUCUGAACCUGCUAUUUGGGUCUAUGAGAGGUUCACAGCAAUUUAAAUGCAGAAAUACUCAGGAAUGCACUUUCGCUCUUAGUUUUCUCAUGAUAUGUCCUCUAGUAUCAGCAAAGUGCCAUAUGAACAUGUAGACAACAAGACAAACAUAAUUUUCAUCAGAGUGGGUCUUGAAGUACAUACUGUAGCUAAAUACAUUUAUCAGCACAAAUGUAGUAAAAGCAUGAAGUGUUUUGAAAAGAGGAUACUUGAGCACAAAACUUAAGUGCAGUACUUGUAUAAAUUGACAUUGUAGCUUCCAGUCACUUGAGACAUGUAUGCAGAUUCACAGAUGAGUGUGUAUGAAUAAUCAAUCUUAUCUGCGCCUCCAAAGGCAUGACUACUGCACAUCUUGAGACUCCAUUUUACUUCAGCUCAAAUCGUCUUUAUGUUGUUACAAGCCUGUGUAAUUGUAUAUAAUUAUAGCUGGGCCACAAUUGUGAUGAGCACUGUACCCUCUCCCUGGAUAAUUCCUCUAAGUGAGCUAUUGUUUCAUAUCUGCGGGUGUGAUCUGCAUAGAGAAGUGAUGCCACUCCACUCUCAACAGUACAAAAUACCUACUGUUCACAGAAAAUGAUUGAUUAUAAACAAUGAAACAAAGCACAUUUAUGUUGUUGAUAUUGGCACACUGAUUUGUACACACUUUUUAGGGUACUGAAGGAUCUAAUAGCGAUACUAGGCAAUUAUAUCACUCCUCCUCCAGCCUUGAUUCCUAUUUAGCAUUCAUUUCGUACUUGACCUGAUUGGAUAAAAUAUUGAGAACUGAUCAAAAUAUCCUUUCUCUGUGUUUCCCCACAGAUCAAGUUUGGGAAAGGGGAGUGGGUGGUCGGCUCAGUGCAGUACGAGAGGAAGAAUGAUCUGUCACUCUACAUUAUCAUCCCUGCUGUCAUCGUGCCCAUGCUGCUCAUCAUUGCUAUUUCAGUCUACUGCUACAGGUGAGUCUAGACACGUAUGUGGGGUGAUGCCACAGACACCGUAGUUUGGAAAUAGUAAUCUAAUAAGCUGUUGAAACUUCCCUGUCUGACUUAUUUGUCCUCAGUAAGUGUCACAGUGCUCCAUAUAUAGCCCUAAAAUCGUAUAAAUGUACUUUUACACACAGGACAGACUAUAUACAUGUGCUGCUAAUCACCAAAUGUCACUCAUCUGACUCACAAUCGUGCAAUAUUUGAGUCUAAGGUUUCCAUAUCUAUUUUUAGAUUGUAACUCUUAACCUCAUAUGUUAAGUCACAGUAGGUUUCUUUGGUUCCUUCAAGUUUGAGGUGUCCCAGAUUUCACUGAUGUAAAAACAUAAAUGAAAAAAUAAUUAAAUGCUUUUUGAGAAUCGAUUUUCCUUUUCAAGUAAGUAUAAAAACGCAAUUUUUUUCAGUACAAAAUGGGACAAUGCUUCUGUUUAGUGUCUCAUGGGAUAACUGAGGGGUUUAAACUCCCUGUUUGGCCUCCAAUAAACAAACUUUAGGGAGUCAUCAGAUUUCCAAACUGUAGAUCUCAAACACCAGUCUGGCAGCAGCUGUUAAAGGGAUAUCGCGGCAUAAAUUAAAGUUAGGGUCAAACACACCAUGACACUGAGUUAGACCCCCCCUCGAGAGAUGAAUGUUGCUGACUGCUUGCUUCUCUAGUUAUACUAACAUUAGUAACGAUCGCACGAUAGCAACACACAAUGGUCUACGUCUCCACGCGCAAACCUUAACCAAAGUGGCAAAAGGCAAAUUGUAUGAAAUAAGCUCAAAAACAUGUUACGUAUGUGUUUUGAAAGAGCUUUGUUCCAUCCUAUCAAAGAUAAGGGUUCAAAUGAAGGAAGUCUAAAAGAAAAGUAAAUGUUGCCUUUUUAUUUUUUUUUAUAAGCUAUUCGUGAUCGUGGGGUCUCGCUUCAGAGAAGAAGAACCAUCAUCAAAUCUGAUAGAGUUCAUAGUUUUCGAUUGCAAUAGAAUACUUGAAUUGUCUUGUGUUUUGAAAUUCACUUAUUAUUCUUGACUUUGGUUUAAAGUCAGCCAGUCAAUCUGAUCUGAAAAGGAUGAGAUGUUUUUUUCUAUGCUAAUUUACAACAGCAACAUGAAAUGUUCAAUUCCCUGCCUAUUUUGAUUUACAUCCACUUAAUCAGCAGCAAAACAACUUCCUGUAAAUAAUGAGCACUGGUGGGUAGCUGGUGUAUAAUCUAAAGACUCCUACUAAUGCUCUUUGUUGCAUAACAGUAUCUCAGAGGUGUUUUAGUUCACUGAAUUUAAGCCUCUAUUCUAAUAAUUGAAUAGUAUCAUGACUCGGUGUCUGUAAGUGUAAAACUAGAGGGCAUAAACAAGAGUUUCUUGUUUAUCUGUGAGAUUGAAGAAGUAGUUUUAUUCAUGGAGUUUUCAUGCCUUUAAACCUUUUUGCUUUGUUGAAGUAUUACAUCCAUUUUUACUCAUUUUUAAUAUUCCCUUCAGCGGUGUAACUUCUGCCAUAUGCUUCUGCUGUACACAGCACUGCAUUUGCCCAAACAUUUUUUGGCAUGAUGUGACUGAAUGGCUUAUUGCUUGAGUUUAGAUUUUUAAAGUUUUGUUCGAGUUUUAAAGAGACAGCAGCUAAAAUGAACCGUUUCAGACAGAGAAAUAAUGGUAUUUUAAUACACCGGUGUGAGAAACACAAAGCGGAAAGAAAGAAAUUGCAUAACACCUCCUCUUAACACAGUAACUAGGCCCUUGGAAUAAUACUAAAUGGUUAUGUCUGUUGCAAACUGGUUGGUGCUCAAAUGUGUAUGAUUCAAGCUAACUACUGUCAGGGUUCUGGUUUACUUUCUGUUAUUUGGUUGUUAUCUGUACCACCAAAUAAAGUGACAGUCUUUCCUCUGCACGGCUCAGCCACUGGCUCACCACACACGUCACCAUUCAAAUGCAUUGUCACUCAUGACACAUGAACAGAACUAAAAAAUGAAUUUAGAACACAUUAAGCAAAAUUAUUUGGCAAUAAGCAGAUUUAAUCUUUGAAUAAGGUUUAAAUAAGAAGUGGGUUUUCUAGGUGUUCAUCGCUGUGGUUCUGUGGACUAGUGGAACGCACGACAGGGCAACCAGAUCGAGUAAAAAAGCCAAGUGCAGAUUCAUGCUCAUACAUUCGCAAUCCACAUACACAGAUUGUUAUCCAUGUAUCAAGGAUCCAACCAUCGUUCUAACUAGAGGUCUGACAUAUCCGUAGGAGAUAGGUUUACCCACUGAAUGCUUACCCACCACACACACACACACAUAGUGGGAGCUUUCUUUUAUGACACCCAAAAAGGGCUCAGACUGUUAGAGCACAAACAGUGAUCUGAAGGAGGGUGUCACACCACCACUUGCAGGAGAAAAUACAUUUUUUUCUUAAUUCCACUUCACCUAAAAUAACUGUUUUUUUCCCACAAUUCUGAUAUUUUUUCCUUUCUCAUCCUCUCUCUUCUUUCUCUGCUCUGUGCUCACCCAUCCACAGGAAGCACAUGUCAGCACCUCCUUAAAUGGUGUUUCAUUGCCUAUUCAUGGGCAGAGAUUUAGGCUGAUGAGUGGCUAUCAGGAGCACGCUAUCGGCGAUUGGCAUUCAUCAACUCUCAUGAGCUUACACAAGUGCUCAUGAUCAAAUCCGAGUUUUAUGAAUCCAGUACCGUUUCUGUGUAAAUCUACCCAUACGUGUACUGACCUUCCAUGGAUGAGACGCAUUAUUUUCAUGAUCUGUUUUGUGUCUGCUAUAUCUGUUUAGGAGAAAGAGUCAACAGGCAGAACGGGAAUACGAGAAGGUGAAACACCAGCUUGAGAACCUGGAGGAGAGUGUGAGGGAUCGCUGCAAGAAAGAAUUUACAGGUACAGAUGGUGCAGCUGUGCAGAAACUCUGCAAUAACACUAAUGCCUCUCGAAUGAUCCAUGUUUCUAAGAAGUUAUGAAGUAAUGAAGUGCUUCAUAACUCUGAUUACAUUUCUUUGAUGUAUCGCCUAGCAGUGAAUUGAAUAUAUUCUCCUGCUUAGCUUUAUGCUAUCAUCAUUAUGAGGAGCAGUUUUGCAGCAGCAGUAAUGAAAAACAAUCUUUUACAGCAGAAAUAAUUUCCCUCAGAAAUGCACCUCCUACUCUUCCCCUCUCAGUGUAAUGACUGAGACAGACAGGCAGCAAACAAAUGACACAAAGCUGCUUAUUAAAUACGAAUAAGGUGCUAUUUUCUUGUAUCAUCUCGCAGAUUUGAUGAUUGAGAUGGAGGACCACACCAAUGAGCUCAGCGAGGGGCGAAUCCCAUUCCUGGACUACAAAACGUACACCGACCGUGUCUUCUUCCUGCCCUCUAAAGACGGUGCCAACGAUGUCAUGAUCACGGGGAAACUGGACAUCCCGGAGGCUCGACGGGCCACAGUGACUCAGGCGCUCAACCAGUUUUCCAACCUCCUGAACUCCAAGACCUUCCUCAUUAAUGUAAUUACACUCCAUGUAGAUGUAUCUCAUAAAUAUCUCAGACUGAUCAUGUCUGCAUACACAUGGAGUUAACACAAGAGCUUCUCAAACAGCUUGAGACUCUGCGACUCUUCGAAAAAAGUCUCAAAUAACAUCUAAGUGUUUAAGUGCAACUCCGAAACACUUUGACUAAAAGCUUGUUCAGAUUCUGAAACAUGAACCUUAUGUAUAUAAAGAUAAAUCAUGCAUGUCUGCCUGCGCCUUGUAAAAAUGUAGCAGAAGUAUCCUCGUGACAGUUUCUUACAGCAUGGGCUGAUGAUUUAAAGCUUUUGCAGAGUCUUUGCAGUAGGUAUUAGCUGUUGGACCGACAGCACUGAGGUCCCAUUCCAUUCAUCUUUAGAGUAGGGCUGGGCGAUAAAAUGUUAACGAUAUAUAUUGAAAAUUAAUUUCCCUCAAUAUCAAUAUAAAACAUGGUCAAUAUGCUUUUCAAUAGUCAGCAUUCUUCCAUGUUUUGGUAGACUAUACCAAUAGCCAAUGAAAAGGGGAGUUGCUCUGGGUCUGCUUCGCACUGAAUCAAUCAUGUGCUGAAUUAGAACCAAGUAGCAAACAACUGCGUAGUAGCAGGCAGCAGCUACACACAACCAUAGAACUUUAACACGUGAAGCCAGUGAGAAAAAAAGAAAAUGAGUGCUACCUCUGUCAGAAAUGCAAAUGAAGGCUCAACAGAUGAUGACAUCGUUGUCAACACUGGCAUGAAAACGUCGGUGGUGUGGAGGUAUUUUGGUUUUUUGAGGUGAGACAUGAAGCAGAGUAGUGUGCAGUGCAAAUUAUGUCGAGUACAUGUUCUUGCAAAGUCGGGGAAUACCUCAAAUCUUUUUCCCCACCUAAAGCAGUGCCCUGCGGCAGAGCAUGCGCAAUGCAAAAGGUUACAAACCCCAAGUGGAGCAAGGAACCCAUGGCGCCUGUGCAGCCGAAACAGCCAAACAUUUCUCUAGCGCAACACCUUACGAUAAAACAUCAAAGAGACACAAAGACCUCACAGAUGCAGUAGCUUGUUGUAUUGCAAAAGACAUGCUACCAAUAAGCACUGAUAAGUUUUAUUUUUUGACUGAUAUGAAAAAAUAUAUCGUGUUAAACUUUUUCCCAUAUCGCCCAGCCCUACUUUAGAGGCAAAGAUCCCUCAGGUUUGCUCAGUAUGAAGUAAACCAGAUGUCUUAUUGAUGUCUUAUACAAAACAGAUGACAUUAGUCAAUCAAUCAAUCUCUAUUUAUAUCGAGAUUGACUGAUCACAACAAAUAUCCAUAUCUCAAGCGUUCUUGGGGAACCUUCCUGUAUCUCUUAGCAUUCUGAAUCGGCCACAUCCACAGUCAAUACCCUAUUAGGUCCUUUCUAUCUUCAUGCUUUUCUCUUAUUAUUCUGUGGUUCGUAAAGUACAGUACUGGAAGUGAGAAACAGGGGAAGACGUGUGAAGACUCCCAAUAAUCCAAACUCUCCGGGACAAAAAAAGCCUCUGAGGUGUUAACUUGCAUACAGUAUGUGUGGAUGAUUCCUCUCUCUCUCUAAUUGGUAUCUCUUUAAGCCAUAACAUUUUACAGGGCAGAAUUGAAUUUACCUUGAUAAUUAUUGUUUCCACCGGCAUUAGGCUUUUGAUUCUUUAAAUGCAUAUUAUGUGGGAUUACUCGUCUGCUAGUGUGUGUGUUGGGGGUUUUUACCAGGAUGAUUAAUAGAGCUCUUUAUCUGCCUUUUUCUUUGUGUGUGUGGUGCAUUUCUUUAUAGUUUAUUCGCACCCUGGAGCGCAGUCAUGACUUCAACGCCAGAGCCAAGGUGUACUUUGCCUCCCUGCUGACAGUGGCUCUGCACGGGAAGCUGGAAUACUACACGGACAUUAUGCGAACGCUGCUGCUGGAGUUGAUGGAGGAAUACGUCCACAGCAAGAAUCCUAAACUCAUGCUGCGUAGGUGAGUGGAGAGCCGCUGUUCAGACAGACAUUAGUGCUGUCAGACAUGAUUACUAAACACCAAUGCCUGGUUUGGUAUCUGAGAAAAAUGCUGUUUGUUACAUAUCAUAGAAAACAGAGAGCAGUGCUUCUAUUUGAGUGGGUUUAGGAACAGCAGGGCAUCGUAGACACGGCGUACCAGCAGGGUAAACAAUUUUGUUCUUGAGUGCCUUGAAAUUUUACACUGACACUCAUGGUUACUAUAGGAUAAAUCUCUGUGUUUUGUGAUCCCCUUUAUUUGCCACUUAGGUGUGCAAGCUUUUGUGCACUGCGCCAUCUCCUAAGGUUGACAUUCUGAGCAACAUAUCGUAGAUGGACUUUUGCGUAGACAUUUGUAAUUAUUAGAUUUUUUUUCCAUUUAUCAGAUCAUCAGGUCAAACUUUGCCUGUAAAGUCAAUGAGGUUCCCAUCUGAGCAGCUCUUCUUGGUUAGUGCUAAUUUGCAAAUGUUAGUUUUGUGAUGAUAAGCUUAUUUUUGAUGUUAGCAAAGCAUCCUCACAAGGGUGUCUGUCGGCUGUCUCGUUUGGCAUCGCUUACACUGAGAUCAUAAGAUGUCCUUAUUUUCAGCUCCAUGAUCAGAAUCGCUCCAUGUCUAAACCCUGGCAGCUCUAUUAUGAACCAGUUUUAGAGGACUGGGAUUUGCUUCAAGAUGCAGAGGACUGUUUCAUUCUGUCGCCACGUUUUCUGUUAAAAUUUUCCUCUGACUGCUGAAGUCCACUAUGAAGAGCCAGACUGCUGCUUGAUCUGUUCCAGUCCGCCUCCUUCUGCUUCUCCUUCUGUUUCUGUUUUCCUUCUUGGAUUUCAGACACAAAGUCCUGGAUGAUUCUUCUGUUGUUGUCUCUUUUAAGCAUCUUCAUCAUUUUUUUUUCCCGUGGCUGCUAACCAAUGAGGCAUAGGCUAAUAUGUACUCUAUGUCCAUGGUGUUUUAAUUGUACUGAAAACAUAUGUCAGAUUAUGUUAGCUUCCUGAACAUGGAUUUAGGGGAUGGUCUUGUAGUAGAGUGAUUUUUUUAUAGGACAUUCCUACGGGUACAAGAUUGUUCAUAAGGUAGGGCAACUUUUUCGCAUAAAUUAAGUCAGCUUCUAUUAAUCAAACUGCAUCUCACCUGCGGUACUUCGAUCAGCAUCCAGCCUGAACCAAAUGCUAUUCAUAACUUCUAUCAUUGCUACCAGCAGGAAAUAGGAGAUAUUCACCUUGAUAUUUGUAUCUAGAGCAUAGAGGAAAAAUCUGGAUAUUGUGUUACAAGCCUUUUUUCUGUUGGGGCAUUUUUUUUAUGCAUGAUACAAUUAUCAAGUAAAUCUUUUACUCAACAAACUUUAAUUAGUUUUAUACAGAUUAAAACAGUGCAGCUCUUGAAAGAGCACAAGAUACAAAGGAAACGCAUCACAAACACCCCCUUUCAAAUUCAGAUUCACAGAGGCUAAAAACAACAAUUAACGACAGUAAAACCCGACCCUCCUACCCCCACACACACCCAUGGACCCACACACACACACACACACACACACACACACAAGCGCACACAGAGUGAGAAUUUAAGAUAUAUUGUUAGAGAGACAUGGCCUGACACCGAGACAUAACGUGAGGAAAGAGCUACCUCUGGGAAACACUGGAGAUAAAAAUAAAAAUGGUAAAAAGAAAGAGUGAAACCUGAUGGACUAAAAGAAGAUAUGAAGAGAUAAGUAAGAGCUCUUUACCAUGUAAAAAAAAAGGGCAAAAAAGUAAAAACGUGACAGGGAUUUAGAAAAAGACUAAGAACAGAGAUAAUUAAUAAAAUGACAUAAAAUAAAUAAGAAGAACUUCAAUUAAAAUGAUCAUUUGCAAUAAGAGAAAUAUAAAAAGGCAAUUAGUGAAAAGCCUGGUUAAAAAGGUGAGUCUUGAGCCUUUUCUUAAAAACAUCAGCAGUCUCUACCCCCUUUCCCUCAAGACCCUGUCUACUGCUGGAUAUUCCUUUGACUGUGCUUACAUAACAAAUUCUGGAGCUAAAACUAAAAUAAAAAAAAAAAGUAAUUGCUGGAAUUUGGGUUUUGUAGAUCUUGAAAUAUAAGACGUUAAGAAAUAGAAAGUAAAAAGAAAGUAAGUUAAAUGAACUACUGUACAUUAAGAGAAAUACAAAGUUAGACAAGUCGCUGAAAACUGAAAAAGACCAUAAAAGAGAAAACUGUUUAAAUUGUAUGAUUAUAGAACAUCACAGAUAUAUAUAUUUCAAAAAGAGAACAACUAUAAGAGGAGAGUGCUGAUUCAAAACGAUGAGAGUUUCUGAAUGUGGUCCAGAAAAGGUCCCCAAACCUUUCUGAAUUUUCCAUCAUUACCUGUGACCAAGUAAUAAAUCUUCUCAAAGUCUAAACAAGACGUAAAGUCUUUCAGCCACUGACUAUUAAGUAAAUCUUUUAAUUGUAAACGUAAGAAAUAGCCUGUGGGUUGUUUGAAAAUGAUGUCCAAUUAGAUUAUCUGUUAUCUACUUACAAUCUCACUAAACCCCCCUUACUUGGCAACAUCCCAUAAUUUCUGUAUUGUGAAAGCGUCUCUAUCAUUCCCCUGGCUGAUUUGAUUGCAGCAAAUAGCCCUCAAGAAAGAAUGGCAAUUUUUAGUCAUCCUUGUUUAUUCUCCUUUACGCCACUCUAAUGAUCAUGUCAAGGUCAAAUCAUUCACAGUCCACCCCCUCCUUCAGCAGCAGGACCCUCUCGUCUGCGAGUACAGUGGGUGCUGGGAGGGGGGCCCUGUGAUCUGAACUGUCUGCUGUGCCUCAGCACACUCUGACUGGCUGUUAUGCAAGUACACAUCUUAAUCAUCCCCCAGUGGAGAGGCUCAUUAUGUUGAUUAGGCCAUUGUGCCAACACAGACCCCCUUAUAUACAAGAUAUCUAAUUAGGCAUGCUAGCCGCUAACAACAGGCCUGCCACCAGUGGAUUUUUGACAUUAAGAUGAGCAGUCAGUCAAGUGACUGCUGACAUGAGUUUUGAAUUAAAAUAUCUUUGUUGACACUGUCAAGCUGUUCAGGAAUUCACUUGUUGACAUUUAUAAAUGUCUUAAUAAAGUGGUAUUUUGAACAUUUGAAGGUUCAUUGACUAUCAACCAUGAGAAGUAUCACCUUAUAAAUGACAUUAAAACCCUUGAGAGGAGUAAAAAUGAGGUGUAAUGCUCCUUUAAGAUUUACAAACACUAACAAGACUAUCAGCAACAUUUGAUUACUACUAUACAGUGUUUUAAAUGCCUGUAACCUUUGCCAUGUGGUCGUGUCAGCAUACUUAGUUUUACAUUUCCUGCAGCAAUUAUCAACAAUAAGUCAUAGAAGAACCAAGAAUAGUUUUCUUUUAUUGUCUGAACACAUCUUUACAGGACUUAAUCAGCAAUGUGAAAAGAUCUACAGCUUUGUCCUUCGGGGACACCAAAACUUUCAGAAUUAGAAAGUUCCUCACAGGAGCUUUAACUCAAAUGCCCCAGUGGAGAAAUUUGUUCCGCAGCAAGGUUAAACACAAGAUACAGAAUUGAACAAUUAACAUGAUUAAAACAUAAAACUUAGACAAAAAUAUUAAAAACAAAUCCUUAACAACCCCCAAAUAAGCUCACAUAAAAACCAUGCCCACGUUUGGAUCAUUUCUCACGGUUUGAUUGCUUGAGGAAGACAAAACAAGGCAAGUUUAUUUCCUCUGCAUAUUUCAGCAACAAGGCAAUUCAAGGUGCUUUACAUAAGAUAUUAAAACAUCAAGACAAAGCAGAGGAGACACAUUAAAAGAAGACGUAAAAGAAUCAUUAAAACAAGUUAAGGCUAAAGCAGAGGGGUAAAGUAUAUUACGACGGUGUGAGAGUAUAAUGUUGAUGCCUCUUUGUGAUAUUCAAAAGCAAAUUAGACCAGCAGGGACAGAAUUUACAGUUUGUACGUUGUCAUUUUUUAUGCUUAAAACUGGAGCAAGGAGGUGUCAGUAAACAGUCCUGUUCUCACAGUUUACAGGUAAAAUAUUUAGAGUGAGUGAAACAUUUGACUAUCAAAAGUCAGCAGAGUGAGAUUGUUCUUAUUCACACAUACUUCUAAAACUGCUUUCUCCACAAGGGGGCACUAAAAUCAACACAAAACAAGAAAUUUCUCACAGGAGCUUUAAAAAGAUGUUAUUUUCACUUUUUCUUGGCGUAAUUUAUCUAAUAUUAUGUCUGCAUCAUAUCUAAAACUACACAAUCAAACCAAAGUGACAUUUUACACCUUCAAUGAAAUGAAAUCUGUUUAUUCUACGUGUUUUGCAGGUCGGAGACAGUGGUGGAAAGGAUGCUGUGUAACUGGAUGUCUAUCUGCCUUUACCAGUUUCUGAAGGUAACAUCACUGAAAGUGGCCUAAAUCUAUUCGAAGGGAAUCCUAAUUUGUAAAUACAUGCUCUGUAUAAAGGCUAAUUAACUCUGUAGUGAUUUGUCUGUCGUGUUAAAUGUCAGCUAGAACAGAAAUUGUUCAUAAUGGCACGCCGCUGCAUUAGACCAAAACUCAGAGCAAAGAUUUCUCAUUCCGACUAAGUAUUGAUAAUGUGCAUUUUUCUGUCUUCUAAAUUGCUAAUCACAACAAUUAGCCUCUUGAUAACAUCUGUGACAACCUCUAAAUGGCUUUGUGUGUGUGUUUGUGUGUGUUUGUGUGUGUGUUCCAGGACUCUGCGGGCGAGCCCUUGUAUAAACUGUUCCGAGCCAUCAAACACCAGAUCGAGAAAGGGCCUGUGGACGCCAGAGUGAAGAAAGCCAAGUACACCCUCAACGACACAGGCCUGUUGGGCGAUGAUGUCGAGUACUCUGUCCUGGUGAGAUGGAAAAACACACACACACACAUACAAACACACACACACACACACACACACACAGACAAAUAAAGAGGCUCUACGCAAACACAAAGUCAGGAACCCAGACUCAGGAAAAAAAUCUGUGCACGCUGCUCUGAGAUUGCAUGGUGUUUUGUUCGUGGUGAGCAACACAAACAUGCACACACACACACACACACACACACACACACACAGCAGUUGCUAUGGUUACCACUAAAAAACCCCACAGGCGACUGCCCGUUUCUGUGUGACACCCAUUUUCAGUGUCAAUGUUCCUGGCUCAAAUAAAGAAAAAAACGACACAGACAACACAUUCCAAUAUAGCAGCGAAACACGGGGCAGGGGGAAAAAAGUACGACAAGUUGUCACGACUAAAGAGCGCGAGCCGGCUGCACAAACCCCACCUCAGCCGUCCCUGCCUGCACCCGCUCUGCAUCCAUUCAGGCAGCUUUCAAGGGUCAGGAAAAAAAGCCUCGCUCUGCCCCUCGCUUUUUGUAUCGUGUUUCAAUAAUGGAAGCUAAUGUGAACACAGCUGUUUUUGGUUAAAGUCAGCACAAAUAAAAAGACCCAUGGGUAAUGGCGUUGUCGAGGACAAUUAUCAAAUUAGCCUGAAUUACACGUCUCCCACCGUGAUGGAUCGCCUUGUGUGAUUGAAUUACAGAGGGAGCAAAAAUACCCGAUGAGCUUGAUUUCACAGGCAGACGCCGUGUUUCCUGUUGGACUUGAUUCACCGUGCUUUUCCAAUUCGCCGCUGGUUUUCCAAGCGCCGAGUAAUCUAUACGUUCCUAUUAGAGGCUGUGGAGUGGUCAGUUAGUUAUUUCUGACAGAGUGACUGACCGCCGGACGUGAGACAGGUCAGAGUUUCCUCCUGCUGAGCCCUGGUUAUUAGCUGGCCAUGGUGACAGGAGUCCUCUCAGGUGUCAAAGGAGAGUGUGUGUGUGUGCCUUACAGAAGCCUGGUUGCCAUGACGACAACAUCCCGACAGAGGGACUUAGUUGUGUGGGUGCCUUUUUUUUUUGUGGGUGGGUGGCUGGGUGCUCUGGCCAUGUUGGAAUAUUUCUGCAUAUUUGUCAUUUGUGUGCGUAGGUGCGCAUGAUCCGCACACACUAUGUGAGCCAUGUGAGCGAAAUGUGUGUCUGUUAUUUUAAUUGUGUGUGUCUGUGUGUGUGUGUGUUUGUUUCCAGACCCUUCAAGUGCUAGUGCAGGGAGAAGGCCCAGAUGUGACACCCGUCAAGGUGCUGAACUGCGACACCGUCUCGCAGGUGAAAGAGAAGAUCAUAGAGCAGGUGUACAGGAACCUGCCAUACUCCCAGAGGCCCAAGGUUGACAGCGUCACACUGGGUGAGUUAAUGAAGACCACCUAGGAGGAGGCUGAGAUAGAGCAGGAAAUAUCUAAUUAACAUAAAUAAUAUAAGAGCAACAUGGAGCUGCGAGAAUGUCAAAACGGAGGAGCUGUUUGGCUCGGAUUGAAACGCGUCUUUUUUUAACAUUAGAUAUACCAUUUAAAAAAAAAAUACCUCCACUUUUUUCUGUUUCUGUUUGUGCAAUUAAAGUUCUGCUCAGAUUGAAGAUUUUGAACUACGUCAGCAAAAUAAAAAAGGCCUUCAUCCCUAAACAAAGUUUCACUUUCUACUGUAGCCAGAAACCUCAGGGACCUACAUGAAAGGCGAAAGCUCUGUGGACGUUUUCCAACAUCAAAGCCAUUUUAUUAUUCCCACGCAUGCUGUAGAUCUGGUUGCUUUAUACAUUUUAGAUAAGCAGAGAUCUGUCUUCUUUCAUGGCGAAUCAGAGAGAUAACCCCCUUGUAUUCGGUGGUACUUGUAAAUGAAUCAUAAGUCCCAGAUGGUGCCAAGCUCAGGUUUGCAGCGGUGUUAGAAUUUUCUAAAUUGAAAAUGCUCAGCUGCAAAUCACAGCUAAGAAUUAGAUUUAAAUUAUUCACAAAAUACUGAUCUGACACUUCCUCACUUCAAAUUAACUCAAGUAUGUCAAUCAGUACAGAGAGAGAACGAGAGAGAGAGAGAGUUUUUUAAAGUCUCCAUUAUUAUGGUGUUACCUCGGGGUAAAAGUGACCCAUGAUGAAAUAAAAGCAAUCAGCGUCAAACUUGAGGCUGACACUGAAGCAGGGUGACAGUUUGGGAAACAUUUCAUCCCACCUCAAGCCAACAAGGAUGAUUUCUUUUCUCUUCCUGCAUUCACCACAGAGUGGCGCCCCGGCUCAACGGGGCAGAUUCUGUCAGAUCUGGAUUUGACGUCCCAGAAAGAGGGCAGGUGGAAACGUAUCAACACUCUGGCACAUUACAACGUAAGUACUGACAUCCUGAUUUAAUGUCUUUCAGACGGAAGGAGGACUGAAAAUAGCAUGUAAUUUAUGGAGGUAGCGGGGAAGUAGAGCCUCGGUGUGGGCAUGUGAAUGUGGAGGCGGACUGCAAAUUUUCACUUAAUUUCAGUCAGAGAUGGAGCUUAUCAACCUGCUGACAUGCAUGAUUUUUCUGACAUUUGUGUUGUUCCCGCGUCAGAAGUUAUCAAAAGAAUCCAGCAGUGCUGUUGACCUGGUUUAUAAGAGUGUCGAAAACAUACUUAACAUUUCUUUUAGUCUAUAAAAAAAUUUGUUCCAUUCAUGUUUCCAUUGAACAAGCCUGCAAUAACAACGAUACAUUGCAGUGUCAGAGCUGUGCAGUGUUUCCAGAUGGGACAUAUAGCAUUAUCGUACCAGAGACUCAAAAUUAUCGUAUUUGGGUAAAAUUAUCGUACACCUGUCAUAAUCAAAAUAGCAAUCUGACUGUUGCAUGAUAGUCACAUUGAGUCACUCUGUUUAGAGUCCUAUAGGCACUCACAAUUUUGAGGCUACAGUUUUGUGGUCAUUCACACCCCCCGCCCCACAUGACCAGCGCAUGAUUAGACUUCCCAACUGAGCAUGAUUGACAGCUAAUCAUGCUUGUUGUUCGGAGACAAACGUCACUUAAACUAUGAUUGGAUGGAGACAUCACACGGUAAAAGAUGCCUUUAGGGCAGGGGUGGGCAAUUAAUAAUAUGUGGGGCCACAUGAGAAACCUGAACUGUGUUGGAGGGCCGAACCAACAAUUACUUCAACUUCAAAUCAGGGGGACUUCACACGUACAGAAAAGCAAGCCCAAAUAAGCAGCUACUAGUUAAAAACAAGCCAAAAUAAGCGCACCUGUGACUCACUAGUUUUACAAGCGAUUUCUGAGAGAAACAAGCCGAAAGUCUUUUAUAAUAAGCGGACUUGACAACUACAAGGCGUCCACAUAUAUUAUAAAGCAUCACACUUGUAUAGCAUGUUGAUGAUUUGAUUGACAGACCUCACGAAGGACAGGGACAUCCAAAGGGCUGGAUGUGGCCCCCAGGCCGUAAAAUGCCCGGGUCUGCUUCAGGGUUUGCAAACAAAAAACUGAAAAAUAAAGACUGAGACAGUCCCGUUGCACCACACGAUCACGAAACUGUUAAAUUAUCAUACAAUUAGCCUUUUUCCUUGGUUAUUGACCGUACAUUGUACAGAGGGCAAAAUUAUUGUACAGAUAUGAUAAUUAUUGUACAUCUGGCAACUCUGGAGCUGUGUGACACAAAAAUGCAAUUCUGCUGUGUCUGGGUGUACUCAGUAAGAGAAUAGGGGAACUUAGCUGUGAGCAUAAAUCAGUUGUUUAAAAGUCUACCAUACACAUCCACGAUCCUCCACUCUUUUGUCUUUUUAUGUUUGGCAACACGCCUGCAAUUUUUAAUUUCUCACCAGCAGACAGUUGAUAAGGCCCGGUCUUGGCUCACUGUUGUCAGCUCUCGACAGCGACAGCACAACACUAAAUCUUCUUGGCACUAUAUUGAUCCUCUGAAAAUAAAGGUCACUCACAAAUAUCCCCUCGUUGUCCUGCUUUUCAGCCUCUUAAACCCCCCUCUUUCAAAGGUCCUUCUCUUCCAUUCACACUACUCGCUGCUGUUGCUCUUGUGUCUUGCAGUCUCGCCGCCACAGAUCCGUUAACUGUGUUGGAGUUGUGCUAAUCACAGGUUUUGUGGAGUCAAUAAAGGGUUGACACUAUGGAAAACGGCCUGUAAAUGCCCCUAUAAAGACCCGGGGUUGCUGUCCACUCAAUUGUAUUGAUUAAGAAUUAGUUCUGGGACACUAAAAGAGACUGCUGACCCCCAGGCUCAGUACCUAUUAAAUUUAAGAUGGGUGAAGUAAGUGUGUGUAGUUGUCUGUCCUCUGCGUGACAAAGACUGUUAUCUGUGCUCCAGGUGCGGGACAACGCCACAUUAGUCCUGUCCAGAGUCCUCCACACUCAGCAGAACUACGACCAGAACCAGGAAAACCAUGAAGAGCGUAUGUGUCACCGAACACACACAGACUGUACACAUAAACACACUUGUUGAACCCAAACAAAUAUAGAUCAGAUGUCUAUUUGAUAUUAUAAUUCUUGUCUUCUGUGUUUUUUAUCUCCCUGAGUGCUUUUGUCGGCUUCCAUAUUCUAGUUUAACAUGCUAAUAGAUGCUGUUUUAUAUAUAGCGCUCUGAGAUCAUGCUGGAAUAAUGCGCUCUUUUAUCUUCAGAGUUUUCAUGUGCAUUUCUGAGUAGUUUAUUGUUUCACGUCUACUUGGAUAUUCUCUCUGCAUAUAAAUUCCUUUGACAAACGCACUCCCUUUUUAAUCAUCUGAAUAUGUUCAGAGAGGGCGUGCAUGAAUAAAUAAGGAGGGGAAUUACUAAAGAAAGUUUUUCAAAGUGUUGUUUGUCUCCUCUUCUCACAGGAAAUGCUCUGUUGGAAGACGACAAGGUGUUUCAUUUGGUGAGGCCGGCAGACGAACUGGAUGAGAUCAAAUCUAAACGAGGGAGCAUUAAAGACAAGUCGAUGACCAAAGCCAUUACGGAGAUUUACCUAACACGGCUCCUUUCUGUAAAGGUACAAACCCAGAAUCAAUCUUUUAGACAUAUCUUAAGUAGUUAUGCAAUUUAACUGCGUCAUUCAAGAAUUAAUUAUACUUCUACAUUUUUUAGGCUAGCUUUAACUGAUGGCUUCCAGGUUUGAAUAGUGCAAAUCAGACGCUAAAACAGUCCAAAAAAACCCCCUGAAAACUCACACUCACAUUUUGUGCAAAUAGUUAUGUCUUCAGGCUGUGAUAUUUCUGGCACCGCUCUCCGUCUCUGUCCUGUCUCACAUUAUUUGUGGCCCCUUUUCAGGGAACACUGCAGCAGUUUGUGGAUGACUUCUUCCGCAGCGUGCUGUGCUCGGGGGCAGUGGUGCCACCGGCUGUCAAAUAUUUCUUUGACUUCUUGGAUGAACAAGCGCUGAAACACAAUAAUGUGGAUGAAGAGACCAUCCAUAUCUGGAAGACUAACAGGUGAGACUUUUACACGUACGGACACACUGAUCAUUGAGAAAGUCCCACUUAUAUGUAACAUAACUGCAUGCUAAUCAUAAAGAGUGUGUGGCAGUAUAUUUGUAAAACUGCAGUGCAAAUACCUGUCUUAUAAUAGUUUUAUAAAAAAAUGUUUUGAAUAAAAGUUUCUGAUAUAAAUUACCUGUAUUGAAAUAUGGGCACCAUACCUGAAAAAUAACUUAUAUGCUAUGAUUAUAGAUCAAUUCUUAUUUUCAUCCAUAUCAUGUAACAUUUUGUUGUCAGAUUUGGUUAGAGGGAAUACGAUACAAUGGUACGAUACAAUGAUACAAUAUGAUAAAAUACGAUAUGAUGAUACGAUACAAUGAUACGAUAUGAUACAAUAUGAUACAAUCCACUAAGAUGAUACGAUACAAUACAAUACGAUACGAUGAUACAAUACAAUACGAUAAUACGAUAUGAUUCAAUGACACAAUACGAUGCAAUACAAAACGAUACGAUGAUACAAUACAAUACGAUGAUACAAUAUGAUGCAAUAUGGUACGAUACGAUAUGGUACGAUACGAUAUGAUAAGAUACGAUACAAUAAAAUAUGAUACAAUGAUAUGAUUCGCUUUACCGUCCCUCGAUGUGAGAUGAUUAAUUAGAUCCAGCAACUGUCUCUUGUACGAAUUUAAAUUUUCAUGAAUAUUCCUCAAUCUUUCUUUUUAAAGAAAAUAUUGGCAGUUUAUUUAAUUAAAAGAAGUCAUUAGAGGGUUGCUUGAUAAAAAAUAAACUUUGAGAAUAAUUAUAUUUUUACUCUGUUAUUAAACAUGCAACACACAGGCCAGAAAUACACACAUGCACAAACAGGGUCUGUGUUUAUGGAAAGAUGUUAAGGUGAGGGGGCUUCAGUUUGAGCACUUUGACAUCUAGGACAAUUUUUAUACUUUAAUCUGUACUGAGACUUAAACUACUGACUAAUCUACUGCCUUCUCCAUCAUUUAUGUUGAUUGAAAGAUGUGCCCAGUCAAGCAAUAGCUCAUAAACGAUCUCACACUUUUUCACCUUUUGUCAGUUGUGCUCUUAGGUUGUUUUAUAGAAUUGUGCCUUUUUUCCUUAAAGCAGAUUUCUACACAACUAUUUGGUUUUGGCAGAGGACUAACAAGAACUGGGAAAAGUCCUUAGCUGCUCAAAUGAAGUGCUUUAUUAACAGACAUUUCCCAACACAACUUCCAACACAAGUUGUUUUCUGACAUUUCCAAAAAGACGCGAGCUUUCUACAUUAAAAGAUUCACACUUUUUGGUAACUGAUUACUUUCCACCUUCAGUGUAGUUUUUAUUUCUUGUCAAGGAGAACUCUUUAUUUUCUCUCUUCUCUGUUUCUCUUUGAAAUAUUGGUCAAUUUAUUUCAGAGCUUUGGGCCUGGAAAAUGUAUUUAAAUGAAGCUAUCUGGGAAGUCUGGAAAGAAAAUCUGUCUUUGGUGGAACUCAGACAUCUGCUUUUUCUCAAACUAAAAAGUUGGGGAGCAACUUUGUUCAGUCUUAGAGAAUCUAUUAUGUUUUACAAGCCUAUAAAAUAAACCAUUAAAUGAGGGAAAAAUAUGCAGUUGUCCCUAUAAAAUUGAAGGGAGUUAAAUGUAAAAGGACAUGACAAGCGACAUCUCAUCAACAUGUAUGCAAUGCAGUAAUUUAGCAACAAUUGGGUGUAUUUACUUAAUUACUUUGCAUCAAUGAUUGUAAAUCUCCUCCAGCAGACACAGGCUGAGUCUGAUCGGCAUAACAAAUCCAGUUGCAGAAAUACAGCAACUCUCCAAGAAAUAAAACUUACUUAUCCAAGAAAAAACUGAAUACAAAUGCACAAUUUCAUCUCACUUAGUUUGCAAUCUCAAUCCCCCCCCCCGCUCCCAUGUGACAUUUAAGUACAUAAAUUAGUGUCACGUUGGCUAAGACUCAAGCAUACAAGACGCCGUGUUGCAUGUAGAUGCCAGUGAUUGACGCAAGGCUGGCGAGAGAGCACCCACACAAGGACAGGAGAUGAGCGAUUUAAUUACUUACUCCACACCACGCCACAUUCUGCAUCCACCCGUUCUGUUUAUCAAAUCAACUGAGGGCCAUGUAUUAAAUAUGAAUGUGUGUACCAGGCACAACAAAUAUGGUAAUUAUGUCCCAAGCUAAUUUAAUUCUGUGAUUAUAGCAACAUUGCUAUUUUUAUGCUUCUAUUGUGUUCACACUGCCGCCUCCCCCUGAGAUAUUGCCAAACCAGUCUGAAUUUUACACGGUGUGCGUUUCAUGUCUCAGCUGGCGGAGCUUUCAAACAGGGAGGAGAAGUUUUUUUCGGGAACCUUGUGUUUCUUCUUUUAGAUUCACAAGCUUACAUGAGGUUUGAAAGCUGUGUACUGAGCGUGUGUUUUUUUUUUUUCCCCUGCUCAGAAGGGAAAUUAGCGCGAGUAGUGGAGCAUUACCUUAAGUAAUCGCUCCAUUAGGUUGUUAGGCUGCACGGGAAUUCAAAAGGUCAAGGUUUCAUUGUAACUCGAGCAUUUGUAAUCAUUAUUCCUUUUAGCAGACAGACACCGUUGACUGUUGCUCGCCAAAGAUACCUUUACUUACAGAUAGAAAAAGUCACCCCAGGUGCUUUUUAUUGUUUUCAUUUCAUUUUCUUUCUAAAGCAGUGAUUCAGCGAGAGGUCAGAGUAAUCUGAAAUAGUGAUAUUCAGUGAAAGUUGAGGGUUUAGCUCUGAAUAAACUGACACCUAGAAGAAAGGCCUUUUACCUUCCUUGUUAUUAUCUUGCAGCGCUCUCAAUUGUACCUCUGGCAAGUGCUCUCACACAUGAAAAACCUCCAUGACUCAAAUGAAUUCAUUGAUCUAAUGUAGUUGAUGAGCUUCUCUCCUCUUCUGUAGCAAGAGUAAUGGCAACAACUACAAUGAUAACUGCUUCCUGUCCUCUUUUCCUGCAGCCUUCCUCUGCGCUUUUGGGUGAACAUCCUCAAGAAUCCACACUUCACCUUCGACGUCCAUGUGUCUGAAGUUGUGGACGCCUCACUCUCAGUCAUUGCCCAGACCUUCAUGGACGCCUGCACCAAGAGUGAGCACAAACUCAGCCGGGUGAGUUUACCUCCUUGGAGACGUAGAAGGAGGAUAGAGUGAAAGGGCAAAAGAGAAGUGGGGGAGAUGAGAUGGAGACGAUGGGAGCAGAGUGGAGUAUAAACGACAGAGAAGAGGAAUGUUAUCAAUCUCAAGUGCCAUUGUUUUCACUGUUGUGUCAACUUUCUCCCUGUAGGACUCUCCAAGUAACAAACUUCUCUAUGCAAAGGAGAUCUCCACCUACAAGAAGAUGGUGGAUGAGUAAGUCCCAUCAGCAGUUCACAAAGUUCUUUCGAUCUGUUGUUUUCAUGUCAGAUAGAAAUGCCUCUUUUGAUAGUUUUGUCAAUAACACUUACGCAAGUUAGUGAUGAUGCCCUUUUCUACUUUGUCUCUGUGUUUGUUUGUGCGUGUGUGUGUAGUUACUAUAAGGGCAUCAGGCAGAUGGUUCCCGUCAGUGACCAGGACAUGAACACUCAUCUGGCAGAAGUGUCACGGGUGAGAAAAGCAGCUGUGCCACUGAGAUUACUCUGUUGUAAAAGUUACCAUCCUUCAGAAAACUCUCUUUGUAGAUUGUUAGCGCCCCCUAGGGAAGUGUAACUCAAUCGAAAUCAACCCCUCAGGUAGAUGCUUCUCCAGAAAUACGUCAGAUAAGUAACCUGUGCGUCUAUUUUAGGUAAAGCCAGACAAACGCUAAUCCAUUACUCUACAAGUCCAUCAAUAAUCAGACUUUUCCUGUCAGGACUUGAGCAACUUCUCUGUGAUUUCAUGCUGCAAACAGGACAGAAGCAUAUUUAGUGCUGCUGGCAACUCUUCAUCUUACAGCCAACCAGAGUCCUUUGAACCCACCUGUUUUCAUGCCGAUUUUGUGUGUGGCAUGAAAAAAACACAAACAUCCAACUGAAAAUAGCAGAAAAAUAAGAAUUGAAAUCUACCACAGAAAAAGUAUUUACACUGGGCCGACAGAAACAGAUAAGAAUACAGCAUGUGACUGUGAGGAGAUGAAAAAUCCUAGUAGAUCUAACAUCAGAUCUUUGUUCAACCUUCUGCAGAUAAAUACCUACAAAAACGCACAAAAAGGCCAAAUUUCCAUCAUGUGUCAUUCAUCAUUUUCAGGUGUUUUGGGGUCUGACAAGAGGCCUAAUUACUUCUGACUUAUUAGUCAUCUCACUGCAUCCUUUUCUUUGAUGGUGAAUUAAUGAAAUCUGACUGGAUAAUUACCUCCUCUUACUAUUAAUCUUGAAAGAGCAACUCCUGAUUUUAGGUAGUACCAAACUUCUGCGGUUAAAUACGUGACUUCAUUCACAUUUUCUAUUUUGUAAUUCUGGAAACAUGGCCUCUUAAUUUGGAUGACAACUCUACGACUGUGGCUUUUAAUGGAGAAGUUUAAUCUUACUACACUGCAUCUUCUUUGGACGCAUAACAAACAAAAAAAAGCUACUUCCAGUUUGUGCGCUUAAAUGGAAACUGACUUAAGGGGUAAAUUCAGAUAACCAGCAAAUUGAGUUGCUUUGGCAGUAACUUAAUACAGCUCUUGUUAGAGAUGUAGAGAAAGGAGCGCUCAACAGUCAGGCUGAUAGCUGUAAAAUUCAGAAGCAGUAACACAGUACUACAGAGAUUUAUAGUUUACCAUGAAUUUCUCAAUCUGUUUGUAUGUCAAAUUACAUACAAAACUUCCAAGAACAGUGGAAACAAAAAAAUCAACAAACAAAUCAACAUUUUAGAAAGUCUGACAUGGAGUGUAUCUACAUUCAUACUUAACCGGUAAGGCAUGAAGCUAUGGAAUAAAAGAGUCUCUUAGGGCUAAUAAUAAUAAUAUUAUGUUCUCGAGUUGAGGGUAUGAGGAAUUAUAGAAAAAGAACGGGGGAAAAGCUGGGCACUUAUCCUGGAAAAAGGUCUAAAUGCCUUCUUUAUAUUGGCAUGUAGAAAAUUAUUCAAAACUAUAUGUAUGACAUGUUUCAGCGCCUUUUUUGAUGUGAAGAGAGUGGGUACCCAGGUUUUUUCUUUCCCCUUUUCUCGUCUUGAUUAUCACCUUUAGUGACAGUUUGUUUGAAGCAGAUUGUACAAGACAAAAUCACAGUGACAUACAGAGAACAAUACAUUAUACAUAAGCGCUGAAAUAUGACAGAGUCUUAAAUGAAAACUGGCAUCGAGCAGACUACUAAAUAGAAUAAACAAACUCAAUGAGAGGAUCUGUGUUGUAAAAAAAGGAUUUUUAGAAAAGAAAAAAAUUGUUAUUUAAUCAUUUGAUUUCUAAGGGAUGAGCAGUUUUUGAAGAGCAGUUAGAUUUACAAGUCGGCAAAAGAGCAGAAAAACUUCCUUUAGGUAAAAGAACAUGACCAGGAGAAGCGAAAAGUACCUCCAGCCUUCCUGCGGAUCCACCGGUUUAAAAAAAAAAGAAUUUCAAUCUCUCUGCUUCACACCACUGAUCUUAGAGCAGAUUUUAAUAAUACUGUUCAGACUGCUGCUGUCUCUCACUGAGAGGCGGUGAAACCAGCAGAUAACAGAAAAACAAAGGAGACUCAAUAUAAGACUGAUAGAAAUGGCAGAGGAUUAAAGGACUGAAAGGAAAAGCAGUUCAGCAUCCGAAAAGGUGAAUUCUUUGUGGUCCGUUCCUCAUUAUAGCAAGAAUUUACAUGACAUUUGAGUCAUUCAAAAAUAAGUAGUUGUAUGAUCUUAAAAUCUCCACAUUUCCAUUAGGAAUGAUGCACCUCUAUGCCUCACUUUUAGGUUUCAACCCUAAAGUCAGUUCCUUGGUUUUUCAUGCAUUUCUGUCUUAAAAGUGGUUAUCAUCAUCACACCAAGAAGUUUAGAAAAAAAAAAGUAUUUCAGAGUCAGACUGGAGCAAGAGUUAUCUCUGUUUGGAAAUAAUCUUAGAUGGUAGAAGGCGACCUUUCCAAGUCGUUUGAGCGGAAAUUUAAAUGUCGACUAACUGGCUGGUCUAAGGAAAAGAAAAUGUUCAGGAAAUAGCUAAAAUUUAACACAAUUUAUUUACUGCAGCACAGAGUCGAUGGGUAACCAAUGUCAAAUUGGUUUGCUGGGUGUUGCAAAGGUUAGCAGAACACCAACAGCCUCUUGUUCUCCUUGCACGUCAACAUCCAAAUGCUUGUGCUAGUUACAUAUUAUUCCUGUCAAGAGAUUAUAUGCCAGCUUGAUCUGAAACAACCUGCAAACAAUUAAUCUCUACUUUUAGAAAUCAAAAUACUGUCAAACCUCACAUUGCCGUCUAUUGUCUCUGCUCGUUUACAUCUGGAUAGUAGAGCCUUGUAACAUUUUGGUAGCCGGAGAAAUAUUGUGCUGCAUUCCAGUUGUACUCGAAAAUUGGAAUUUCCAAGCUCCGAGUUAGAAAUUCAUCUGAAACGCACCCCUUAAGUCAGAUUUCCGACUCGGAAAGUCGCACAAUCCUCACCAACCCCGACUUGACAACAACCUCAUAAUUCAAGAUGGAAGCGCAGUGCAUCAACGGUUAAGAGUAACAGUAAAAAUAAUGUAAAAAUUAUGAGCACUUCUGUUUUGUUUUUGUGAAAUUAAAUAAAUGAUCUAUGUUGUUAAACCCAACGUCUAACUGUGAACACAGUGCUAUGGUGUUUGUAAGAGUAAAAUACUGUGUUAUGCGUUGUUAACAAAUGGUAUAGCUAACAACCGCUAACAACAGCUGACAACGGCCAACGACAGCUGACAACUGUAAACAACAGCUAAUGUAGGCGUCCAUCUUGGUUUUCCGACUUGGUAACUAAAACACUAGUAACUCGGGUGUGACGUCAUUCCCAGCUCCGAUAUCCGACUUACGAGUUAACUGUAGCGCAGCAUUAGCAUCUUGUUUCUGACUAGAAGUUCUGGUGCAGACUAGCAAGGUUGAUGAUAAGAUGAUGUUUAAUUGACCAUAAGCGCACAUCCCUGAGUUUUUAAAUGAUGUUCAAGAGUAGACAGCCAAUUAAUGUUCUGCUGCUGAAAAUAAAACUACCCUUAUGAGGAAGUAAUUUAACUGCAAUGAAUGGCUAUUGCUGAAAAAGCCCACCAUUAACAGUAUAUGUAAGUGGGUUUAACUUGAGGAAAUGUUAAUGGGCAUAGCUAUAAUGCCUGGUUGUUAAUAACAAUGUUCCUACUCUGAAAAGGUUAGGUUUCUUUCUCUGUUGUAGUGUCGCCUUUUGUAAGUGCUGUUAUAUGAAGCCUUGAAGCAAAAAUUAGAUUCCUCAUUGAACUCUGACUCAGGUAUUUAUAACAUCUUCUCUUUAACCUUUGAAUUGUUUUUAUGUUCCCCAGGCUCACACAGACAAACUGAACACACAAGUGGCUCUCCAUCAGCUUUACCAGUAUGCCAGCAAAUACUACGACGGGGUAAGAGGCCCUUCUCUUACUAUCAUACCCAAAGGAGGCUAUUCCACUGAAUGCACUACUGCCCACUAUAUUAUUGCUUUUCCUUUUUUCCCCCCUCUCCCUCUCCCUCUCUCUCUCUUCACUCUCGAUAUGCCAGAAGAGUGAUUGUAUGAAAUUUUAAUUGAAAGCAUUUCUGUGGGAUGUGAAUUGGAAAAUUGCUCUGGGAAUUGAUUUUUUAAGCGUCCAUUGUGCACUGCCACUCGAGGUCAAGAAAGGGGGAUAAACAAAACCUAAUGAACAAGUUGGAUAAACAAAUGGGGCUGUCAGUCUCCCCUAAGUGGGACUUGCAAACAAUAACAGCUUAUAUGACGUGACUGUUGAUGUCAAAUGACACCGUCCUCUCCUCCCAUUUUCCACCUUUUAUCAUUCCUGUGUGUUUACACUCUCCGUGGUCCUUGUUUCUUUGCUUUUUUGACAUUCCUCAUUCGCCUCCCCGCUGCCUUAUUCCUCCUCCUUUCUUCCUCAAUUAAUGCCCUUCUCACCUUCCCUCCCCCUUUCAGAUCAUCGCAUCCCUAGAAGAGGAUCCAGCCGCCCAGAGUAAACAGCUGACCCUGCGGCUCCAGCAGAUAGCAGCCGCCCUGGAAAACAAAGUGACUGAUCUUUAA